CGCGGUCUUCCGACUGGACGAAGAGGAUCGUUUUCGUGCUAGUGAUACGAAACACGAUCUUCAAACUUGGCUGGAUAAUCUUAAACAAAAACGUGCAGGAAAGAGGCUGCGCUCAGCCAUGGGAACGGCAAAGAUGAAACAUCUUUUGCCGUUGGUGGUAUGGAUAAUAUUAAGCUCAUGUCCAGCUGAAUCAUUAAAUAGAGGGAGACCAGGUGCUAGAAGAGAAGUAUUCUUUUUAAAUUUAGAGGACGGUUAUUUUGGUUGCCAAGUCAACGAGUCAACAGAUGUCUUACAACUAUUAGAGCUGUCAAGGCUUUGCGAUGGUCAUACAGACUGUUAUCAAGGCACUGAUGAGCAGCACAGUAAACUCAAAUGUACCGAUGACUGUACCAAAGAAGAUGGAACAAAAUGUGAAAAUGGAGUCUGCCUCGACUCUGUAUGUCAUUGUAAUGAUGGCUUCGGAGGUUGUAACUGUCAGGUUUCAGAUGAAAAUGAAUGCAAAUAUCGGCCGUGUGAUAUUUUUGCUCACUGUACCAAUACUCUUGGCAGUUUUCAAUGCUCCUGCUUUCCUGGGUAUCGGGGUGACGGAUUUCAAUGCGAAGACAUUAAUGAAUGCGAUGAUCCAGUCCUGGCAGCACGGUGUGUAGAGAAUGCUGAAUGCUGUAACCUUCCUUCGAAUUUCCUUUGUAAAUGUAAACCUGGUUAUAUCGGUGAUGGGGAAGAACACUGUGAGGAUUUGGACGAAUGUACCAUCCCUGGUGCGUGUGCAGAGGAUGCUAUUUGUCAAAAUAUUCCCGGAAAUUACACUUGUUCUUGCAAGCAAGGUUACACUGGAGAUCCAUACGACAAUUGUAUCGAUGUAAACGAAUGUGAAGAUGGAAAUGCUUGCCACCAAGGAGCUUUAUGCGUUAAUUUACCAGGAAGUCAUAAAUGCGAAUGUCCUGAGGGUUUCGAAGGCAAUCCCGAAGAUGGUUGUCAAGAUAUUGAUGAAUGUGCUCGAACCCCUUGCGGUCGCUCCGCUCUUUGUACAAACUUGGAUGGAAGCUUCCGUUGCUCUUGCCCCGAAGGGAUGGAUGGUGAUCCUUCAUCAGGCUGUUACGACAUUAAUGAGUGUGAGGAUACCGGUCUGUGCGGACCGAAUUCCAAAUGCUUAAACACCGAAGGCAGUUACAAGUGCCAAUGCUUAGCUGGAUAUCAAGAAGAUUUGACUCACGGAUGCGUCGACUCCAAUGAAUGUGCCCAGAGUAAUAUUUGCGCUACUAAUGCCAAGUGCAUUAAUGUACCCGGAUCGUUUAAAUGCAUAUGUCCUCAAGGCUUUAUCGGUCAAGGUCUCACAUUGUGUGAAAAUGUUAAUGAGUGUGAAAAUAAUCCGUGCGGAGAAAAUACAGAAUGUACCGAUACAGUGGGAAGUUUUGUCUGCAGUUGCAAAGCAGAUUACACUGGAGAUCCAUUUAAAGGCUGCAGCGAUAUAAACGAGUGUACGGCAUAUGAAAAACCAUGUGGUAGAAACGCUAUUUGUAAAAAUUCAAAUCCGGGAUACAACUGCAUUUGUCCACCCGGAUAUAGUGCUAAUCCCAGCCCAGCAAUUGCUUGCGAUCAGACCGAUGUGGCAAUUGCGUGUAAAUCGAACUUUGACUGUGUUAAUAAUGCUGAAUGUAUCGAAGAACAAUGUCUCUGCAAAGAUGGAUUUAAGGCGGUCGGUGCCAAAUGUAUAGAUGUGGAUGAAUGCACAGCAAAUCCUUGCGGACCUGCUGCAGUAUGCACAAAUGUUAAAGGCAGUUACCAUUGUGAUUGUGAGACAGGCUUCGUUGGAAGUCCACCACAUAUUCCAUGCAAGGCACCCUGUGAUGAAGUUACAUGCGGAGAGCAUGCGUUCUGUAAGGCAGAUAGACAUGAAGCCUAUUGUAUUUGUGAAGAAGGCUGGACUUUUAAUCCAAAUGACAUAGCAGCGGGAUGCAUCGAUAUAAACGAAUGUGACGUUAGUAAUGGUCCAUGGGGACGAUGCGGCAACAAUGCAAUAUGUACAAAUACUCCAGGAGGAUUCAACUGUCAAUGCGAAGCAGGGUAUUCAGGGAAUGCCUUUAAGCAGUGUAUAGAUGUUGACGAAUGCUUACGUUCUGGAUCAUGCGGCUACGGAGCUAUCUGCAGUAACAACGAAGGCUCAUACACAUGUUCAUGUCCGGAAGGAACAAUACCAGACCCAGAUCCUACUGUCAAAUGUGUUGGUGUAGUUACUUGCAAUACAGAUGGUGAUUGUCCUGGAAACGCAAUCUGUGAUCCACAAAAACGGUGCUUGUGCCCAGAACCAAAUAUUGGAAAUGAUUGCAGACAUCCGUGUGAAGAUAUGUUCUGCGGCCCUAACGCUCAAUGCAUGUUGCUGAGUGGUACCGCGACUUGCACAUGUGGAAACGGAUUCACUGGAAAACCAGGUGUAAAAGGAGGAUGUAGCGACAUAAACGAAUGUGCGGUAAAUCCUUGCCCGCCAGGAGCUAUUUGCAAUAAUGAGCCAGGUUCAUUCUCAUGUCAAUGUCCCAGCGGCACAACGGGAGACCCCUACAAUGGAGGGUGCCAGGAAUCUGAAUUGCCCCAUGUUUGCGGACCCAACACUCCAUGCCCUGUGGGCGAACAGUGCAUUCAAGACGAAUUCAUUGGAAGCAGUGUCUGCAUUUGCCAGCGGGGAUACAUCCGUGAUAAGGAAAGUGAAAAAUGCAGAGAUAUUAACGAAUGUUUGGAACCAAGGGAUAAGACAGCAUGUGGUGUUAAUGCUAUUUGCAAGAAUUUACCGGGAAGCUACGAAUGCCAGUGCCCACCAGGAUUCAAUGGAAAUCCAUUUUCCCUCUGCGAAGAAUGCAACAGCAUCGAAUGUCAAUGUCAGCCACCAUACAAAAUAGUGAACGGCAAGUGCAUGUUGGCUGGGUGUUCAAAAGGUGAAAGCUGCCCUAGUGGAGCAGAAUGUAUAACCAUUGCCGGAGGUGUCAGUUAUUGUGCUUGCCCUAAGGGCUAUCACGCAAGACCAGACGGAUCAUGUGAAGAUAUAAAUGAGUGCAUCGAGGGUCAGCAGGUAUGUGGAUAUGGAGCCGAAUGCAUAAAUUUGCCUGGUUCACAUCAAUGCGUUUGCCCUCAUGAUUAUGGCGGCGAUCCAUACAAUGGCCUCUGUUCGCCAGCUCAAAAAAGAUGUACGAAUGACAAUGAGUGCAAAGCAAAUGAGAAGUGUGUUCAACCUGGAGAAUGCGUUUGUCCACCUCCCUUUUAUACUGAUGUUCAAGAUGGAAAUCUUUGUAAAAAUCCAUGCAACCGAUUUCCAUGUGGCAUGCAUGCAAAAUGCACUCCAAGUGAUCCUCCGAAAUGUAUGUGCGAAGCUGGAUAUGAAGGAGACCCUCAACACGGCUGUUCAGACAUCAAUGAAUGUGCUAAUAAUCCCUGCGGUCAAGGGGCUUAUUGUCUUAAUACCAACGGUGCUCACAUUUGUGAGUGUCCGAAAGGUACAGUUGGCGACGCUUAUGGGGCCGGUUGUACAGGUGUUCCAACUGGAAAGCAUGAGUGUACGUCUAAUGAGGAUUGCGAAAACUACUAUGCAUGUGAUCACGGUAGAUGUGUAAAUCCGUGUAACUCAUUACCUUGUGGACCAAAUGCUUACUGUGAGCCGGACAAACACGCUGCAUGGUGUCGAUGUGUUGUGGGAUUUACCGAAGGAAAGAAUAAUGAAUGCGUUUCUCAAUGUGAUGGAUUUGUAUGCGGAGGUGGUGCACAGUGUAUAGUUAGUUACGAUGGUCCGACUUGCAAGUGUAUUGAAGGACUUAUAGGAAAUCCUUUCCCUGGUGGUCAAUGUACUCCAGAUGUAUGUUCAUCAGAUGUACCGUGUGCUGAACCAAGUAUUUGCAUAAGCGGACGGUGCAAGCGCCGUUGUGAAGGUAUAGUUUGUGGUGUUGGAGCAAGCUGUGAUCCAUCGACGAACAAAUGUAUAUGUAAUCCGUACUUUGUUGGGAAUCCGGAUCUGCUAUGCAUGCCACCUAUACAGCCUCCAACAUGUGAUCCAAGUUGUGGCGACAAUGCUCAUUGUGAAUACGGUUUAACCACUUCCAAAUGCAUGUGCAAUCCUGGCACCAAUGGAAAUCCAUAUCAUGGCUGUGGUAUACAAGACAAAUCUGAUUGUUCUGUGGAACUAUGCGGUAAGGAUGCGCAUUGCCGAGCUGGGCUGAAUGCUGUGGAAUGCUUAUGCCCACCAGGCUAUGCAGGAAAUCCUUAUAUUCAAUGCUAUGAUAUUAACGAAUGCAAUGGAAACGCCUGUGGAAAUGAGGCAGUGUGCAUUAAUACUAUCGGAAGUUAUGACUGUCGUUGUAAGGAAGGAUUUAUAGGGAAUCCAUUUAUUGGAUGUCAAAAAGUUCUUGUAAAUCUGUGCGAAGACCCUACAAUUUGCACGUGCAGUAAUGAAGUGCCAUGCCCAUCAGGCUAUUCUUGUAUUCAAAGUAAAUGCAUUGAUGCGUGCAGUGACAUCAAAUGUGGCCCAAGAUCUGUCUGCGAAGAAGGAACAUGUGUUUGUCCUCCAGGCUACAGUGGAAAUGCAAACGAUCUUAACAAUGGCUGCCAUCUCCAGGGUCAUUGCUCUAAGGAUCAUGAUUGCGAAGCUCAACAAAUAUGUUUCCAAGUUGGCAAGGGCUCUCGAAAAUGCGUAGACGCCUGUAGCAAAUUACAAUGCGGACCGAACGCAUUGUGCGUAACUCAAAACCAUGUAUCGUCCUGUAUUUGUAUUGACGGAUACUUCGGAAAUCCCAGCAAUCUAGUAAAUGGAUGUCGACCCGAAAGAACCAUUCCUACAUCGACAUGUUCCGACGACACAGAAUGCACGAUAGGCUCCUUUUGCACACUUUUGGAUACUGGCAUUCGGGAAUGCGUGGAUCCAUGCAGCCAAAUAAUAUGCGGUUCUCACGAAAAAUGCCAACCAGAUGCAACAAGACACGCCACAUGCAUAUGUCAAGAUGGAUAUGAAUGGAAUCCAGUUCUAUCCUCUUGUGAAAAGCCCUCAGUGCCCGAUUGCAUAACAGACGACGACUGCGAAACGACUGCAGCAUGUCAACCAGAUGAUUUGCGAGUUUUGAAGUGUACUUCUGUCUGUAAGGCAUUUACGUGUCCUAUAAAUUCGCAGUGUACCGCGUUCAAUCAUCAGGGUCAUUGUGAAUGUCUACCCGGUUAUACUGGAAAUCCGAACGAUCGUAGCGGCUGUCAAACUUCUCACAAAGAUAAAUGUAACACUGAUACGCAAUGUCCUGAAGACCAAACGUGCAGAUCUUCAAGUGAUGGCACCUUGACAUGUCAACCUGUAUGUAAUUUCGUUACCUGUGGACCAAAUGCACUCUGCAUUGUAAAUAAUCAUGUGGCAAGGUGUGAAUGUCCACCAGGUCUUUACGCUGGUGAUGCUAAUGACCAGACUAAAGGAUGUCAAACUGUUCCCUGUGUAUAUAAUAUCGAUUGCCCACCAACGCAAUUGUGUAAUCGAUUAACGCACACUUGUUACGACGCUUGUGACGAGAAUUUAUGUGGAUUGAAUGCUGUGUGCAUAGCUGAUGAUCAUAAAGCAACGUGUCAGUGCCCACCAGGCUUUAAAGCAAAUCCUGUACCGGACAUUGAAUGUGUUAGUAGCGAAGCAUGCUCGCCAAAUUAUUGUCAUGCCACUGCAGUUUGCAUUACGGGUGUUGCGAACACGCCAAUAUGCCAAUGCCCACCAAAUCACGUUGGAGAUCCUUACACAACUGGAUGUCAACUGGAAGGAUCGUGUUCCACGAACAAUGAUUGCCCUGUACAAGCAAUUUGCCAAAAUAAUAAAUGCAUCAAUCCAUGUGAAAAUGUCUGUGGCGCAAAUGCAAUAUGUGAAAUUGAUAACGGAGAGCCUAUCUGCAAGUGUCAUGAUAGAUUCGUACCAUCUAGCAAAGGCCCACAAGAAGGUUGUGUAAGGUCUACCAGUUCGUGCUUGACGAAUGCAGAUUGUGAUGGAAACUUUUGUUUAGAUGGCCGAUGCAGAGCUGCAUGCCGUUCCGGUUCCGAUUGUUCUGAGGGUGAAAAGUGUAUAAACAGCUUAUGUGCUAUCCCUUGCAUAUCCCACUCGCAAUGUCAGUCAGAUCAGGCCUGUAUCAGAGGAACAUGUACACUAGGGUGUCGUGGCAAUAAAAAUUGUCCAUCAUCGGAAUCAUGCAUCAACAACAAAUGUGAAGAUCCUUGCACAAAAGAAAAUGUAUGUGGCGCCAACGCGGAAUGUAGCUGCCUAGACCAUUCUACAGUAUGCAGUUGUCCAGUUGGAUUCCAAGGUAGUCCAACACCAGAAGAGGGUUGCGUGCGUGUUCCAACAACGUGUGAGACACCUCGAGAUUGUCCUUCCAAACACACGUGCAUUUCUGGCUUCUGCCAAUGCCAAUGUAAUCAGCAGAAUGAUUGUGCUCACGGGGAACGUUGUAAAAAUGGCAUCUGUGUAAAGAUAUGUUAUCGAGACAGCAAUUGUUUACCUGGAGAACAGUGUAUCGGUGGUCAUUGUGAAAUUGGGUGUACCUCGGAUGCUGGUUGCAAGAGUGAUGAAAUAUGUAUUAAUAACAAAUGCAGAUGCGGUCACGGAUUUAUCGCUGGCCCUGAAAAGUGCUUAGAUAUUAAUGAAUGCGAAGAGCAGCCUUGUCAUCAAAGUGCAGAGUGUAACAAUCUUCAUGGUUCAUACCGUUGCAUAUGUCCUCAAGGGACAGCUGGUGAUCCAGUGGGUACUGGGUGCUUGAAACCGCAUCAAUGUAGUCAUGACACCGAUUGUGCUGACUCGCAGGCUUGCCUGCAAAAUAACUGCACAGAUUCAUGUGCGUUUGUAGAUUGUGGAUCCAACACAAUAUGUUCUGUAAUUGACCAUACUGCCACAUGCCAGUGCCAGCCUGGUUAUAUAGGAGAUGCGUCUGGAUGUUUCAAAGUUGAAUGUCUUUCCAACAGCGACUGUCCAGAAGAGAAAUACUGUAAUCAAGAAACGAACAAAUGUGCAAGCCCAUGUAAUCAAAUGAAUUGUGGAUAUGGAAACUGUGCUGUCAUAAAACAUACAGCCUCAUGUAACUGUUACUCAGGCUUUGCUCUUGUUGGUGAUACAUGUGCUGAUAUCGAUGAGUGUAAACAAAAUCCUUGCCAUUUGACAGCUACGUGUCAUAACACCGAAGGUUCUUUCGCAUGCGUUUGUCCUCAUGGUUUGAUUGGAGACCCCAUUAAACUUGGCUGCAGAGAACCUAGCGAUUGCUUUACUGAUUCUGAUUGUCCAACAUCAGCAACGUGCAUAGAGAACAGUUGUCGCAAUCCUUGUGAGAAUCCAUCUAUCUGUGGCCAGAAUGCCGAAUGCAAUGCCGUACGUCAUGCACCAGUGUGCCGAUGCCCUAGUCAAACUACCGGAGAUCCUAAAACGGCAUGUGUUCAUUUGGAAUGUAAUUAUCACAAUGACUGUGGUUCAUCCAAAGCAUGCUUCGACAACAAAUGCAUCGAUCCAUGUUCUGUACCCAAUGUAUGUGGACAGCGAGCUGAUUGUUCACCAUUAAACCACAGUGCAGUUUGCACUUGUCAACCAGGAUGUACAGGUGAUCCAAACCUCGGUUGUGUUCCUGUGCAGUACUGCAAAUCAGAUACACAGUGUCCAACCAGUUCCACUUGUAAUGGCGGAGUGUGCACCUCUGUUUGUACAAGUACACGAGAUUGCAUUGGUGAUCAAUUGUGUAUUAACCAAGUCUGUCAGCCGACGUGCAGAAGCAAUUCUAGCUGUCCAGAGUAUCAAUUCUGCCAAAAUAACAUAUGUGUCCAAGAAUUACGUUGUAUUUCGGAUAACGACUGCGAUGACAGUGAAAAGUGCAUCAGAAACUCCAUAGGACAAGCUGAAUGUAAAAAGUCAUGUGAGCUCAUUUUGUGCGGCCGCAAUGCGGUUUGCAAAGGUCAAAACCAUGAGGCUUCCUGCUCUUGUGAUAGUGGAUUCUUUGGAGAUGCCUAUGAUGAUAAAAUGGGUUGUCAACCUGUGGAAUGUGAAUCUCAUCAGGAUUGUUCUGACGAAAAAAUAUGCGAUUCUCAUAAAUGCAGAAUUGCUUGCCUUGCAAACAAUCCUUGUGGACCAAACGCUAUAUGUUCAACCGAAAAGCAUUCACAAGUUUGUACCUGUCAACCUGGGUAUACAGGGGAUCCAGCUCAAGGAUGUGACCUUAUCGAUUUUUGCGCUUCAACACCUUGCGGUCCAGGUUCUUCUUGCGAAAAUUCACGUGGUUCAUUCAAAUGUCUAUGUAAACCAGGGACUGUCGGGGAUCCAUAUAACAGUGGUUGUCAUGAGCCUGGAUACUGCCAGAAUGAUGAAGAUUGUCCAUUGACUGCUAAAUGCAUUACAUUAAAUGGAAAACCCAAAUGCGUUGAUGUUUGCUCACAAUUGGAAUGUGGUCCAAAUGCUGAAUGUAUCGCAUCUGAACACACUGGCGUUUGUCGAUGUCGCUCUGAUUAUGAAGGAGACCCGAGCAGCUCAAGUAUCGGGUGUAGACCGAAACCCAUACCGUGUUCAUCAGCAGUUGAUUGCUUGCCUAACACUUAUUGCUAUGAAAAGAUCUGUCGUCCCUCUUGCCUAUCUGAUGAGGAGUGCAAUUUAUCAGACAUAUGUUUGAACGGCCAGUGUUUGAAUCCGUGUGAUAUUAAAACAGCAUGUGGAAUAAAUGCUGAGUGCGAAGUACGAGGUCAUAUAAAACAAUGUAGCUGUCCACCCGGUUUCACAGGCAAUUCCGAGGUUGAAUGUGUGAGAGUACCUGUCUCUUGUAAGAGCAACAGCGAUUGCAGUGAAGGAAACAGUUGUCGAGAUAAUAUGUGCCUCCCAGUUUGCACAGCGGAUACUAAAUGUGCUUUCAAUGAAAAGUGCAUUCGUGAAAAUUGUUUGUUAACUUGUAGACUUGACCAUGAUUGUUUCCUUGGGCACAUUUGUUUGAACAAUCUGUGCUCGUUUGGCUGUCGUGGAGACGAAGAUUGUAGUGCAGAUCAAGCCUGCUUCUCUAACAAGUGUAUAAAUCCAUGCGAAGCAACACCAUGUGGUCCUAAUGCCAAAUGCACAGUAGCCAACCAACGAGCUACAUGUUCUUGUGGACCUGGUUUUAUAGCUAAUCCAACUGCUAAGGUAGCUUGCUUACGCUCCCCUGGACCAGGUUGUCAGGCGAACAGGGAUUGUACACCUGGCACCGCCUGCAUUGCAAAUCUUUGCACAUCUGUUUGUUCAUCAAAUGCAAACUGCUUAAGCAAUGAGAGGUGUGACAACUCCGGAGUAUGUAAAUCACUUUGCAGACGCGAUGAGGACUGUCGUAGUGGUGAGAUAUGUGAAGGACUUGUUUGCUCUAUUGGUUGUAGAUCAGACAACGAAUGCCAGGAAAGUCACGCCUGUGUAAACAACGAGUGUUCAGAUAUUUGUGCUGUUCCUGGUGCAUGUGGUACAAAUGCCAAAUGUUUAGCUAAUAAUCAUCAAAAACAAUGCAUUUGCCCAUCUCCAUUGGUGGGAAAUCCGAUAGUUGGAUGUAGACAAGUAUUCCUUCCUUGUACAUCAAGUGCAGAUUGCCCGUCAGGUCAAUCAUGUUAUGGCAAAUUGUGUUAUACAACAUGCAGAAGCGAUUCAAAUUGUCUCAAUGAUGAGCGUUGUGAUGGCGGACUAUGCAAAACGAUAUGUAAUAGUGAUGACAAGUGUGUAUCACAGCAAAUUUGUAAAAAUCGACUGUGUGACAUUGGUUGUCGCAGUGAUAAUACAUGUCCCAGUGAUGAAUCUUGUUUGAAUAGUCAAUGCCAAAAUCCAUGUAAAGGAGGCAGCGCUUGUGGAGAAUGUGCAGGUUGUCGUGUGGUAAAUCAUGCAGCUCAGUGUAGUUGCCCAGCAAACUACUUCGGUAAUGCCCUGAUCAGCUGUGCCAAAUCUGCAAUCCCAUGUCAUAGUUCCUGUGAAUGUGACGAGGUUGGUUUUUGCACAUCGAGCUGCACGACCCAGGAUCAAUGCUCUUGUGGAGAAGUUUGUAAUUCUGGAAAGUGCAGAGUUAAAUGUGACGUGAACGGUGGUUGCGCAAAGGGUUAUAUGUGCGAAAAAGGCUUAUGCCUUGUAGGAUGUCGAGCUCACUCUGACUGUCCCUCGUCGCUUUCUUGCACAAACAAUCAGUGCGUAGAUCCAUGUAAUAGUGGAGAAUCACCAUGUGGAAUAAAUGCACUCUGUCGAGUGUCCAACCAUCGAGCUGUAUGCCUCUGCCCAGAAGGCUUUCAGGGGGAACCCAGUCAAGAAUGUUACCAAUCGGAAUGUCAUUUAGAUGAGGAUUGUGAGCCAAAUAAGCAUUGCAGCAUAGGUCGCGUUUGUACCAAUCCAUGUCUGCAACAAGGCGUUUGUGGAUUCAACGCGCAGUGUCGUGUGGUGAACAGACAAGCACAAUGCUCUUGUCCGCCAGGACACUUUGGAAAUCCGAAAGUUAAUUGCAAAAAAGGAGGUGAUGAUUGCUUGCGGAGUCCAUGCGGCGUCAAUGCUAAAUGCAGGGACACUACUGGGGGAUUCGACUGCACAUGCCAUGCAGGAUGUGUUGGAGAUCCAUACACAGGAUGUGUCUGUGAAGGUGGAGAUCUUUGCCAAAGUGCCCAAUGUGGUGUUAAUGCCGCAUGUCGUAUCAAUAACAAUGAGCCUCAGUGCUAUUGUCCUCCAAACUUCUCAACUGGGGAUCCGUCUUUAGAAUGUCGCGCAGAGCCUGCACUAGGAGACUGUCGGACAGUUGGAUGUGGAAAAGGCGCAGAAUGCUUACGAGAUGGUACAAUAUUCGUGUGCCGAUGCCCUCCUGGUACUAGCGGUUCUCCAGACAUUGAAUGCAUAACAGAAAGAGAAUGCAGCAGUGACUUAGAGUGUCCGAACGAGAAAUCCUGCAUAAAUCUACAAUGUCUGGACCCAUGCGCACUUCGCGGUGCCUGCGGAAUAAAUGCCUUAUGCCGUGUCGUGUUACACAAGCCACACUGCUCGUGUCCACAAUGUUACAUCGGCAUUCCCCAAACUGCUUGCCAACCAGAUCCAAAAUGUGAAAAACUCGAUCCCCGACCUAACUUCCCAAGUACAGGUUGCGCUUCUAACUACGAUUGCCCGGAAAGUCUUUCCUGCAAUAUUCAGACUGGAGAGUGCCGCGACCCAUGCUUAAACUCCAAGUUUAACUGCGAUGUAAAUAAGAAGUGUCAGGUGCGAAAUCACAGCCCAAUGUGUGUCUGUAAAUAUGGAUUCGUUGUCAACGAUAUUGGGGAACUAACUUGUGCUCCUGACACAUUGUCGUGCUUGAGAGAUUUUGAUUGCCCAUCAAAUGCUGCUUGCAUUAACGGAAAAUGUCAAAACCCUUGUAAUGUGCGAAACAAACCACCAUGCCCGGUUGACAAAACUUGUGACGUACUGGAUCAUCGCCCUGUGUGCAUAUGCACUCGAAACUGCAAUCCUUCCUUAUCCAUCUGCCUGCGAAACAGUGGCUGCUCCGCAGACCUGGCGUGCCGCAACUAUCGCUGUGUGGAUCCUUGCAGUAACUCCACCUGUCCGGCUGAUGCUCCAUGUUACGUGGAGGAGCACAAGCCUAUCUGCAAGUUCUGUCCCUCAGGCUUUGUGCCAGAUACUAAAUAUGGAUGCAUGAAAGCCAUUGACAACUUCAACCCAACGAUUGUCUGCGAGUCCGAUGAUGACUGCAAUCAUACAAAUGCCUGCGUAAAAGGGUUUUGCGUUGAUCCUUGCACCACCAACUGCCUACUGGCAGCUCAAUGUCGAGUUGAAGCACACAGGCCUAUUUGCGAUUGCGAUUUAAACAACCCUCAAUGUCUAAAAAGCGUAUCCAAUUCUACAGUUUCUGUGGGUAAUUUAGAUGCCACAGCUGCCUCAUCAUCACCAAGCACACGUUUUAAAUUAGACAAUAGCACUACAAAAAUAAUCACUUCUACGGAAACAGCUGUAAGGUCAACAUUAACAUCCAAUACUAGAAACUCAUCAGUAGAAUUUACCACGUUGAGUGGAAAUCAGAUCACUGAUACAUCAAACUUGAGUGAUGUGGGCGAUCACCUGGCUAUAGAGUCUACACCAAGCAUUGAUAGUGAUAGCUCACUAACUACUCAGCAUAUUCCAACCACACAACAUGUACUGAACAGCGGAACUGAAGAUAUAUCAAUGAAAUUUACAACACUAACUCCAGAGCUUGCAACAUAUACCAAUACCAAAUAUACACCGAUUACUAAAACCACAUCCAGAACGAAUAUUGCUUUAACUACCAAUAUUAAGGACGAAACAAGUAUUUUAACGACUCCUAAAACCGGUACUGAAGACACAAUAAUUUCUUCAACCACAGUUAUGGAUCCAACAUCAUUUGUUGUUAGCAAAAUUUUAGUUAAUUCUAUAGCACUAAAUGCAGACCCUGAAGCGAGUAGUAAAAGCAGGGAUACAACAAGUCAGUCGCCUAAGUACAUUGAAUCCCGAGUACCUGAAUCAACAACAGAUAGUAAGCAGUAUACAUUGGAUCAAAUAAGUACUUCAUCUCAUCCUUACAGAGAGUCUGGCGAAACUACUUUAAGUACGAGUACAGAAGAAAUUGUGACCCCGACAGUAAAUUCAACGACACAUUCAUUUGAAAAUUAUGUCAAAUCACUUACAACUGAAAAUGCUAAUAAGUGGAGCUAUUCAAUCAUGGUACCAAGCCAAGAAACACAACAUACAAGUACAGGACAAACUACAAUAAUAAAGGAAGCAACACAAUCAACAACACUACAAAUGGAUAGUGUUAGCUCAACACCUUCCAAUAAGGAUGAUGAAAUUAUUAUCAGUAGGAGCACUGUUAACUCAAAUCAUAUUCAUACAACGCAAUCGAACACAGAGAAACUGGAAAAUAUCUUGUCUGAAACAUUGCCAUCUAAAGAUUACUCUUCAGUAACUGAGAGUCUUACGAAUGAUGAUACUUCUACACUGAAAUCAGGAUUGACUAAUAAUAAUCUAGGAAUAUCUGUUGAUAAUUUAACUUUGACGGAAUCAAUUUUAAUUACAACAAAUAAAAUAACACAGACUGACUAUGUAUACAUACCUACUGAAAAUCCUGUAGAAGGUAAUAUGGGAUUCAAGGACUCGACCAAUAAAAUACUACUGGAAAAAACUGGAUCACGACCCAGUGGAUUAAAUGGGAAUAAUGAAAUUUUUCAGAUUAUAGAUCAAGUUGAACACAAUAUCCCAGAUCUCGAAACUACCACUUCCUCAAAUGCGAGCUCUCCAAUUACAUCACCUAAUAACCUUGGAGAUGUCACACAAGAAUCUAUCACUAGAUAUCAGGAUCAACCAGUGUAUCAAUUUAGUGAAGAUACGGAACUACCAGUAACUCAUUCUGAGUCAUUUGAAUCCAGUACUACAAGUACAACACUAAACAAUACAAAUAAUCCCACUAAAACUAUUCAAGUUACCAGCAUAACUGAAAAAUUAGUUCCAACGAAUGAAUAUGAUACCACUAUUCAAGGUUCAUAUACUUUUAUUCAUCAUCCUACCGAAAAAGUCGUCAAUCAAUUUGAGAACGAUGCAGCAGCAACAAGCACAUAUGAAACAAAUACUGAUGGUGAAAAAUCGUCAAUACAUCAGUUCAUAUCUUCAAGUCCUAAUAUAGAUGGAAAUUACAAAAUGACCGAUAAGGUUGACCGGAAAUCACAAAGCCUUCCAACAUUGCUUCCGUUGCUAGAAACAAGUAACGAUCUAAAAGAUUCUCACGAAAAAUAUUCAACUUCAACAAUAGUAGAUUCUACAGCUGAGGCAGAUUUUCUGAGCACGACAUCAGCAAUGAGUCAAUCAGACCAAAUACAAUCAAUAUCUGAUGCUUCGGAAGUACCAAGUGUGACAUACCCAACAGAUUCCACAACCAAAAAAUAUUCACAUGAUUAUUCGGAUGCGACAAUUUCUACACAAAACGGUGUGAAUGUACAUUCAUUUGAUACUUUAGUCGUUCACAGUCAUAUUUCACCCAUGAAUACAGAAUCAACCCAAUCAUUUCUGAAUGAAAAUCAUGAAAUCACGGAAUCAUCGACGAUACUCGAACUGCCCAGUCUUGCAACUGUAUAUACUACUCCAUUCAAUAAUGAUGGAGUUGAAGAUUCUACAAAUCUACCUAUUAUAAAUGAUUAUCAAACAAAAGUUGCUUCUGAUCUUACAGGAUCUUCUACAAUGCCCGCAGCAGUUACAGAACAGAUAAUGAUUCAUGAAAAUAGAGAUAGUGCAACUUUAAAAACUGCUGACGGAAUCUCGGAAAGUACUUCAUUUUUUUUGGGUUCACAUACAAUACAUGGUAAGGACGAAGUCCAUGAAUCGAUAACGAUAGAUGAAUAUACCACUUUGGAUUAUUUUCAUCCGUCGCAGAAUAACAAAAUUGAUACACAAACGACAGAAAAGCUGUCGCAUAAUGUCAAUCCAAUAAUAUCAAUCAAUCCAUUAUUACUUGAUGAUGUUAUGGAACCAAUAUCAUCGACAACAGAGCCAAUGCCAACAAGUAAAAUUCAAUCAACCUACAAAAACAUAAAUACUGAUCUAGUAACUCAACAAAUUUCUCAGUCACACAAUUUCAUCACAUCACCUAAGCCAUAUGAAGUGACACAAGUUUUUUCGAACCCUAAUCCUGGGUUAAAUUCUGAUAAUAGUAGUCCAUCAACGAGAAAUGUUUUUCAAUUGAUUACUGAGGCCACCGCCCACAGAGCUAACGGAGAUAAAUCGACAGAAUCAAUCAGUGAAAAUUCCGAAUUGGAUCGUACAACGUAUAAUUCUAUUUCCACUGCUCCACUAACUACAAGAGUAACUACAGAAGACCUCACUGUAUUUACAGAAUCUCAAGCAGCACAAGAAUUCACUGUACUACCCCAAAGUGACCCAACACGCACCACUAUUAUUAUCGAUGACAACCUGCCUACUGGGGUUCCUCAGUCACAUGUCCACAACAAUAAGUAUCCAAAUGAACUGGUUACAGAGCAUGGAACAAAACUAGUUCAUGAAAAUGCAGGAAUUGUCUCUACUGAGCACACCACUAAAAACAUACCUAAAAGUGAUAACAUUAUACUGAACCAGCACCAAACAAGUCCAAAAUGGUUCAACUUAGAUGGCAUCAAGACGACACCUGCAAACAUUAACGAUAACAAUCCAACAAGUCAAUAUGCUUCUUCAGAGAUCAUUUUCAAAGAUCAAAAUAGCCAGCCUCCACAACAAAUAAUACCAGCAAAAGAAGAAAGCUCAGGCAUUGACUUUGUUACACAAAAGUCAUCAUCUACUUUUCAGCCAGCUACACAAGUAUCAGGGCCAGAUGUUACUACAGUCAACAAACCUGAAGCAAUAUCUAAUAACCCCAUCGACGCCGAUGAAUUUGAAACAACACAUAUGAACUCAUAUGGCGAUAACUUGUCAACUAAAAUGGAAUCUACCCAUAAAAUCAAUGAAGCUGUGGAGCAUACGACGAUACACUUUAUUCAGAAAAAUUCGCCUACUGUUAGUUUAACUCCGCAAUCAAAGGAAGCAACUCCUGCUGUUAGUCUGGAAUCCUCAACAUCACUGAAAUCCGGAAACAUCAAUGAUGAUAGUCUGACGACUGAAAGUAUUAUACGGAUGAAUAUUCCAGUUGCCACGGACAAGAACAUCCAAUUCAACACUACUGUCGGUUGGUCAACCAAGUCAUCUGAAGCAGCUCUCACUGUAGUUUCGAAAUAUUCAACAACGCAAAAAUUCAUGUCUAUGGAUGAGAUUCAAAUGACAGAAGCUAGUAUUGAUGAUGCUACUGAUAUAAUUGAAAAUGUUCGUCCGUCAAAUCUUCCAAGUACUACACAAAAAACUAUCGAAGUUGCAGAGCACACAACUCUACUAAAUCCCGAAUUUAUGAACACUGAUCAAACCACGCAAGAAUUUGUCCCCAAUUUGGAUUUUACCAUGCAACCACAUGAAGUGGUAUCCACUUUGCCUCUGAAACCGUUAACAACGCAAAAAGUCAUGAAUGGAAAUCCAAUCACACGAACAACUGUUAAUAUUGAUAGUCAUAAUACUGAAUAUGCUUAUGAGUUCAACAGUCAGCCAACUACACAACAUAAUAUCAUAGUCGCAGAGCAAGUAACUACUCUCAUUCCAGAGGAUUUAGAUAUUGUUUUAACUACAGAAAAAUCUGUAGAUUUAAAUGCGUCUCAAGCAAUACAAGACAAUGUUAAUGAUAGUAGUCUAACUACGGACGAUGUUUUUCAACCCACUAUUUUAACCACUACAAUCCCUGUUACUAGUUUAACUACUCAAUCAUCUAAAUUAGUUACGACUGGGAGUGCGGAAUUAUUCACAACGCAAAGAGUUACGACUGUAGAUCAGAUUCAAACAACACAAGCAAAUAAUAAUGAUAAAGGUUCAAUGACUGAAAUUGUUUUUCCGACAGCUAUUCCAAGCACAACGUUCGAAAAUACCGAAGUUACAGAGAAAAUCAUUGAAAAAAAAGAAGAGGAUUCAGAAGCCACUCUAACUACACAGACAACUGUAAUUCCAGAAUCCUCAACUACAACAAAACAAAUGAGAGAUACGAUUAAUAUUCCUCAAGCGAACCAUGCAUCAACAAUACUAACAGCAGUAGAACCAGACGUUGACUUCACAACCGUCGAAGUCCCUGAUGAUCGCCAACCUGUAAUGACCGAAGAGCCACAUAUUCCAUUGCUAACAACACCCAACUUAUUACAAGAAAGUGAUGUAGAUACUGCGAACGCAGAUGAUUUUAUUAAAUCUAUUACGACUGAAAGUCUAACUUCAUCUAAGGAGUACUAUUCGACGACAGCACAAGAAGUACUUUCAGCAAAUAAUACCAGAACCACACCUAAACUUGAAGGUCUUGAGUCAGUGACAUAUACGACACAACAAGCAGCUGAUGGGCUGCUACAAGAAACAAGCGAUCCAGUACCCGAAACAGAACUUGAACAUCCUUCAUCCACAGAACAUGUGACUACAAAAAUGAUAACCAUUGCACCACCAGACUUUGGUAUACUCGAUCAAUCCACAACAAAACCUGAUAAAAGUAUUCAACAGGUUACAUUAUCAACAGUAAUUGGUACUGUGAAUAAUGAACAGGAUGUCUACACAAGUAAUGAGAAAGGAGCAUCUAAUACACAGGAUAAAAGUGGAAGUAAUGUACCCAGCACGAUAAAAAUGACUAAUUUCGAUAAUACCGCUCAAACAGUAAGCAUUCCGAGUACAGCGGCACCAACGAACAUACCUAUUUCAAUAGGAAAUACUGCUACACCGCGUGUUAUAGGAAUUUUCGAUACAUUGUUUGAAAAUAAAAUAACCAAUGUACCUAGCAUGGAAACAGCUACCAGAAAUCCAAGUACGAUGGAAACAAGUUACAGAUUUGAUACAAUGGAAAUAACGACUUCUUACGAUGCACUGAAAGCUGAUACUCUAACACAAUCUACUGAAUUACAUAGAUUCACAAAUAUGGUCACAACCACAGACACUUACACGUCAGCUGCGAUUUCCACUAAAAGUUCUGAUCAUGUUAUGAACGAUUAUAUAACAACUUCCGUGGACGACCUAUUAUCUUUCCCGGUUUUAUCAACCACCUCUAAUGCUGAAGGAAUAGAUUGUAGCAGUGAUAGUGAUUGUAUUGAAACUCACUCGUGUAUUAAUGAAGCUUGUAAAAAUCCAUGUGAAGUUAGUAGACCUUGUUUAGGUGACACAAAGUGUGAAGUCAUCAAACAUUGGCCUGUGUGCUUGUGCUCAACUGACCAGCAGAAUUCGUCUAAUUGUAGCAUACUCUCAGAUGUGAAAUGUACGUCACAUACCGAUUGCACAGAGCAGUUGGCCUGCAUCAAUCAACAGUGCCUAAAUCCAUGUACACUUGGCAACCCCUGCGAUUACAUUGAAGAUUGCCACGUCCAGGAGCACAGACCAGUCUGCUUCAAACGAGAAUCUGACCCAAUUCCUGAUGGCUGCCCAGAAUACUGUCCUCCAGGAAUGGAGUGUGAUCCCUCGUCAAGGACUUGCGUGCAAGCGGGUUGCACUAGCAACAGGGAUUGCUUGCUGACGCAGGCGUGCAUCCAAAACAUAUGUCAAGAGCCAUGCGCUGUUCAAAAUCCUUGCGUUAAAAAUGCAGUUUGCAUCAAUACCAACCAUGAAACUGACUGUAGCUGCGAAGAAGGCUAUCACGGAAAUGGAUUCGUCUUUUGCGAUACAGUUGAAGAAGGUAGAAAUAUUUGCCAAUACAAUGAGGAUUGUCCACCGAACAAGCUUUGCGACCGGUUGAAUAGGUUCUGCAUUAAUCCCUGUUCUAAGGAUAUCUGUGGGGAAAAUGCUGAAUGUGUGGCUGAUAAUCAUGAAGCUCAGUGCAAAUGUCAACUCGGGUAUCAAGGAAAUGCAUUCAUUCAAUGUACUAAAGUUGCAGGAUGCUCAAGGGAUAACGAAUGUACAAGUAAUGAGGCAUGCAUAAAUGGUAAAUGUGGAAAUCCAUGUGUUUGCGGGAAAAAUGCAGUCUGUGACGUGAGAAAUCACAAAGGAUCCUGCAAAUGUUUACCUGGUUAUUCUGGCAACCCCAAUGUUGGUUGCCAACAAACAUCAUCAAACCCUUGUAUUCCAAACCCUUGUGGACUUCUAGCAAUGUGUGAAAUAGAUAAUGGAAAUCCAAUUUGUUUCUGUCCGAAAGGCUUGACUGGAAAUCCAUUUAAACAGUGUAUUCCUGAAGGAGACAACUGUAAGGAUAAUCCAUGCGGACCAAAUUCUGGUUGUCGAGUAGUUGAUGGACGUGUGAAAUGUUUCUGCUUACCUGGCUACGAGGGUAAUCCACCUUCAACCACUUGUGGUGUUCCUGAAAAUGCAUGUGAUCCAUCUCCUUGCGGUCCGAACACUCAAUGCUCUGUCUUAGAAAACGGAUUUUCAAAAUGCUCGUGCCUUCUUGGCUAUAUAGAAAGUCCAAACACUGUCAGAGGUUGCAUACCCAAGGCUAAUCCUUGUCAACCAAACCCAUGUGGAACAGGAGCUUUGUGUGAUAUUAACAGAGAUCCACCCUGUUAUUGUCCUGAUUCUACAACUGGAAACCCCUACAGAAGUUGUACAACCGCAACAACACUAGAUUUAUGUCAACCUGGGCCAUGCGGAGGAAAUGCGGAUUGCUAUGUAUCCAAUAACCAAGAACAAUGUUUCUGCAAGGCUGGCUAUGUUGGUGAUCCUUAUUCGGCCUGUCAGAUUCCAAUUGCUGGACCAUGUCAGCCGAGCCCAUGUGGGCCAAAUGCGGAGUGUAGAGUUACUUCACAAAAUCAAGCUUUAUGUGAAUGUACAACAGGAACAUCUGGGGAUCCAACGAGUUCACUAGGCUGCAACAAACCUGAAUGUAUAAACGAUGAUGAAUGUUCGCUGACCGAAGCUUGCAUAGGGUACAAAUGUCACAAUCCCUGUUUGGGAGCUUGUGGAAUUGGAGCCAAUUGCCGCGUGGAAUUACAUCACCCAGUUUGCUCCUGCGAUGAAGGAUUAUUUGGUAAUCCCAUGAUCAAAUGUUCGCCAGCAUUCGAAGGACAAGCACCAAACCCUUGUCAGCCAAGUCCAUGUGGCAGUAAUACAUUGUGUCAAGUGAUUCAAGAUCGAGCAGUUUGUUCGUGCGCACCAGAUUUCUUAGGUGAUCCCCAAACUGGUUGUCACCCUGAGUGCACCAUAAGUUCGGAUUGUCCACUGGACAAGGCUUGCCUAAACAUGAAAUGUGUCAAUCCGUGUUCAUUGGGAAGGAUUUGCGGGUCUAACGCUGAGUGCAGCGUUUCUUAUCAUAUGGCAACUUGUAGUUGCAUUGACAAUUACUUUGGCAAUCCGUUCAUACGCUGCAUUCAACGCCCAACCAUUACGUUUGAUCAACAAAGAAACACUACUCGUCCGUGCGUAGCCUCGCCUUGUGGGGCAAAUAAAAUAUGUGAUGAAUACACUGAUAAAGUAGCUGUGUGUGGAGGCUGUGAUUCUGUGCAUAAUGGGAAUGAUGUGCUUUGUCGGCCAGAGUGCUUGAGUAAUUCUGACUGCCAAUUCAACCAGGCGUGUAUUGGUUGGAAAUGCUUGGAUCCUUGCCUGGGAUCUUGUGGAGCUAAUGCAAAUUGUCAAGUAAUAUUACACGAACCCAUUUGUAGCUGUCCAACUGGUUUAUACGGCAAUCCGUAUGACAGCUGUUCGCCACAAGUCCUUGCGGAUCCAGAUCCAUGUAGCACAACACAAUGCGGCGCAAAUGCAGUAUGUGAAGAGAGAAAUGGUGCUAUUACGUGCAAAUGUUUGACAAAUUACUUUGGAAAUCCAUUCAUGGCUUGCCAUCUUGAGUGUGUCCAAAAUUCUGACUGCAGCUUAAUUCAAGCCUGCUCAAACAACAAGUGUGUGAAUCCUUGCAAUGGAACAUGCGGUAAUGGAGCAUCAUGCGAUGUUGUUAAUCAUUCUCCGGUAUGCUUCUGUGAUCGCGGGCUCAAAGGAGAUCCAUUUGUUUCCUGCCAACCUCAAAAAGACACUGAGAUCACUCUAAUUCCUGGACCUUCAAAUCCGUGUAACCCAUCACCAUGUGGACCAAACAGCAGAUGUAUAGUUUCGCAGAAUGGUUAUCCGACAUGUUCAUGUAUACCAGGUUAUAGGGGAACCCCACCUUUGUGCAAUCCAGAAUGUGUAGUGAGCUCAGACUGUUUACAAAUACAAACUUGCAUCAAUCAGAAAUGUGUGAAUCCAUGCAAAGGCACCUGUGGACUUGGAGCGUUGUGUUUGGUGAUUAAUCACAACCCUACGUGCAGCUGUCCUGGUGGCCAAGAAGGGAACCCAUUUGUUAGAUGCUACGAAUCAACUGAUCUAAAAAUACCUAGUUCGCCAUGCAGCCCAUCUCCAUGUGGCCCUAAUUCUAUUUGCCAAGUGAAAAUGGGAAGACCAGUAUGUUCCUGUUCAAGCACCUUUGUAGGAAGUCCGCCAAACUGUCGACCAGAAUGUUUGAUUAGCCAAGAAUGCAACGUCGAUCAGGCUUGUGUGGCACACAAAUGUAUUAAUCCAUGCCCAGAUAGUUGCGGGCCUAACUCUGAUUGCACAGUCAUUAGCCACACUCCGUAUUGUUCCUGUAAAUCAGGCUUUGCGGGAGAUGCGUUUGUUGGAUGUACUGCAAUUCCUUUACAUCUACCUGACGAACGUGAUCCUUGUUCACCAAAUCCUUGUGGAAAUAAUGCAUUAUGCACUGUUCUGGAUGGAGCAGCCAGAUGCAGCUGCAUACCACCUUAUGUCGGGGAUGCUUAUGUAGGUGGUUGUAAGCCUGAAUGUAUAAUGAAUCCAGACUGUCCGAGCCAUUUAACUUGUUUAAAUCAACAUUGUCGAGAUCCAUGCCCAGGCGUUUGUGGCAGAAAUGCACAAUGUAGCGUGGCUAAUCACAUACCAGUUUGUUCCUGUUUGACGGGAUAUACUGGUGACCCAUUCCAAGGUUGUAAAGUUGAAAGGCCUGCUGUACUUAUACCGUCUCAAAAUCCGUGCACUCCAUCACCAUGCGGACCAUACAGUAUUUGUCGUGUGAUGAAUGAUCGAGCAGUUUGUUCUUGUAGUCCAGGAUACCAAGGCACGCCACCAUCUUGUCGACCUGAGUGUCUUGUCAGUUCAGAAUGUUUGCAGCAUCUUGCUUGCAUCGGUCAAAAGUGUACCAAUCCAUGCCCUGGAGUAUGUGGCCUCAAUGCUCAUUGCCAAGUGGCUAAUCAUAACCCAAUAUGCAGUUGUCCAUCUCAGUAUACCGGAGAUCCAUUUGUACAGUGCAUCAAAGAAGUGCCAAAAAAUGUAGUGCCAACAAAUCCAUGUUUGCCAUCACCAUGUGGAGCAAAUGCGCAAUGUCGUGUUGAAGGCAAUCGUCCUGUUUGUAUGUGCCUAAGCGGAAUGUUUGGUGCUCCUCCAAACUGUAGACCAGAAUGUCUCAUUCAUCAGGAUUGUCCAAAUCACCUUGCUUGUGUUCGAAGGAAAUGUCUGGAUCCUUGUAUAGGAUCCUGCGGAUUUAAUGCUGGAUGUAGCGUGCAGAAUCAUCGUCCCAUGUGCCAAUGUUAUGAAGGUUUUGAAGGAGAUCCGUUCUCUGGAUGUAAUCAGAAAGCUGUCCCAGUUGAACAACCACCUGCUGAACCUUGCAACCCAUCACCGUGUGGGUCAAACGCUGUAUGUAAAGAACGUAAUGGAGCAGGUUCAUGUACCUGUCUUCCUGAUUACCAAGGAGAUCCAUACUUGGGAUGCAGGCCGGAAUGCGUGCAAAAUUCCGACUGUCUUCAUACCAAAGCAUGCAUCAAUAAUAAAUGUCAGGAUCCAUGCAGUGGGGCUUGUGGGCUGAAUGCUGAAUGCCAAGUUUAUAAUCAUCAACCGUCAUGCACUUGUUUGUCCGGUUACACUGGAAAUCCUUUGACAUCUUGUCAUGUUCCACAGCAAGUUAAUCCACCAGCACCAAUAAGACCAUGCGAGCCUUCGCCCUGUGGUCCGUACAGUAACUGUCGAGCAGUCAAUGGACACGCAGUAUGCACUUGUCAAUCUAAUUACAUCGGUAGUCCACCAAAUUGUCAUCCUGAAUGUGUAGUAAGCGCAGACUGUGCGCAGGACAAAGCUUGUGUUGGUCAGACAUGCAAAGAUCUGUGUCCAGGAACCUGUGGGGAAAACACUAAUUGCCAAGUCGUUAAUCAUAAUCCUAUCUGCAGCUGUGUUCCAGGAUACUCUGGCGAUCCAUUCUUCCGAUGCUUGAAGAACGAAAUUAGGAUACCUUCGACGCCAAGUGGAAAUCCAUGUGUACCAUCACCGUGUGGUCCCAACUCACAAUGUCGAGUAAUUGAUGGUUUCCCUGCUUGUUCAUGUUUACCAAACUAUGUCGGUCGUGCGCCUACUUGUCGCCCAGAAUGUGUCAUCAAUGAAGAGUGUCCAGGAAAUCUGGCUUGCCAAGGUAUACAGUGCAAAGAUCCAUGUCCAGGAUCGUGCGGUGUAAAUACUUUCUGCAACGUGGUCAAACACAAUCCUGUAUGUGUUUGUAGUCCAGGUUAUACCGGUGAUCCAUUUACCGAAUGCUCUCCGAUAAUAGAAGUUCCUAUAACAACCGAAAAUCCUCGCACCCCAUGCAAUCCAUCGCCUUGUGGUGCCAAUGCAAGAUGCAAUGAGAGAAAUGGAGCAGGCUCUUGUACUUGCCUUCCUGAAUAUUUCGGCGAUCCAUACACAGGCUGUAGACCUGAAUGUGUAACCAAUUCCGAUUGUGAACGCACCAAAGCUUGCUUGAACAACAAAUGUAUUGAUCCUUGCACAAGUGCUUGCGGCCAAAGCGCAACUUGUCAAGUAUUCAAUCACGCACCUUCUUGCGUUUGCUUGCCGGGCUACAUUGGCGACCCAUUAGUAUCCUGCGUGCAGGAACCAGUAAUCAGCGACACACCUAUUGAGCCAUGCGAGCCAUCUCCCUGUGGACCAAACAGCAACUGCCGCGUGUUGAACGAACAUGCUGUCUGUUCUUGUCAGACAGGAUUUAUUGGCACUCCACCCUCCUGUCGUCCAGAAUGUACAGGCAGCUCUGAAUGCCAACAAAACAAAGCAUGCAUCAACAACAAAUGUGUCGAUCCUUGUCCAGGAACUUGUGGGCUAAAUACGAAGUGUCUUGUUGUAAAUCACAACCCCAUUUGUACUUGUUCAAACGGCUACACCGGUGAUCCUUUAGCAAGUUGCACAAAGAUUGAAGUAGUCACACCGCCUAGUAGAGAAGCAGAAAAUCCGUGUGAACCAAAUCCAUGUGGACCAAACUCCCAGUGCAGAGUUAUAGGUUUCCAACCUGCAUGUUCUUGCGCCCUAAACUUUAUCGGACGUCCACCCAACUGCAAACCAGAGUGUGUUGAUAACUCAGAAUGUCCCACUACUGCAACUUGUGUAAAUCAGCUCUGUAAAGAUCCGUGUCCCGGAACGUGUGGAAGUUUUGCAAUAUGCUCUGUCCAAAAUCAUCAACCGCUCUGUACAUGCCCAGAAGGUUUCGUUGGAGAUGCGUCCGUGGGAUGUAGCUUAGCUCUACCAUCUUCUACUGAAUACACUCCAACCAAUCCUUGUAUCCCAACUCCAUGUGGACCAAAUGCACAAUGCCGGGAGAGGAAUGGAGCUGCUGCGUGUGCCUGCCCUUCAGAUUAUAUUGGAGAUCCCUAUGAUAAGCAGACUGGAUGCAAACGAGAAUGUGAAGCAAAUAAUGACUGUGCAUCUCACUUGGCUUGCGUUGGAUUCAAGUGUAUCGAUCCGUGUCCAGGUACUUGCGGUACUUUGUCCAUUUGUAAUGUGAAAGCACAUGUUCCUGCUUGCACUUGUCCAGUUGGUUACACCGGGGAUCCGUACUUUGCUUGUAACAUGGAAGAUAUAAGGGAACCAGCCCGAGAUCCAUGUGCACCAUCUCCUUGUGGACCAAAUAGUAAAUGUCGCACAGUGAAUGAACAGGCUGUAUGCACGUGCUUACCAGAAUAUAUCGGUACACCUCCAUCGUGUCGUCCAGAAUGCAUUGUCAAUGCAGAAUGCCCAGUUCACUUGGCUUGUGUCAAUAAGAAAUGCUCUGAUCCUUGUCCAAAUACAUGUGGAUUAAGAGCGAUAUGCACAACGAAAAAUCAUAAUCCAAUUUGUACCUGUCCAUCUGGAUUUACAGGAGAUCCUUUCACUCAAUGUUCUCAAGUAUUAAUGGAUAUUCCACAAACUGAAAGACCACCGUCUUGUACACCAUCGCCUUGUGGGCCGAAUUCACAGUGUCAGAUGAUAUCUGGUAGCCCUGCGUGCUCUUGUCUUCCAAAUUACAUCGGCUUCCCACCAGAAUGCAGACCAGAAUGUGUUCUUAGCUCUGAAUGCAAGAGUCAUCUUGCUUGUAUCAAUCAAAGAUGCCAAGAUCCAUGUCUAGGAUCAUGCGGAGUCAGUGCUGAAUGUCAUGUCUUAAAUCACAUACCAGUAUGCACGUGUACUGCAGGAUUUACCGGAGAUCCAUUCUCACAAUGCUCUCCAAUUCCGACAAGUACAGAACCUAUUGUUCACGAUCCUUGCAAUCCAUCGCCAUGCGGUCCAAAUGCUCUGUGCAAAGAUGGAGACUGUGAAUGUUUACCUGAGUUCGUUGGUAAUCCAUUUGAAGCUUGCAGACCUGAAUGUAUUCUCAAUUCUGAAUGUCCGAGAGAUAAAUCUUGUUUGCGAAAUAAGUGUACAGACCCUUGUCCGGGUAUUUGCGGACAGAACGCUCAAUGUGAUAUUGUAAACCAUAUUCCGGUAUGUUCCUGUCUAACUGGAUAUGUUGGGGACCCUUUUGUUAGCUGUCGUCAACAAGAACCAGAACUGGAUGAUCAACGCGACCCUUGUGUACCGUCCCCGUGUGGACCUAACAGCCAAUGCCGUAAUUCGGAUAACCAUGCCGUAUGCUCUUGUCUCCAAGGAUAUUUAGGCUCACCACCAUCAUGUCGACCGGAGUGCAUUGUUAGUUCCGAAUGCUCAUCGACAAGAGCGUGUGUGAACAAGAAAUGUACAAAUCCAUGCUUGGGCUCUUGCGGACUGAAUGCUCGUUGCGAAGUAAUAAACCACAGUCCGAUAUGUAGCUGUCUUCCAGGACAAACUGGAGAUCCUUUCAGGAGUUGUUAUGACAUCCCAGUGCCACCAGAGAAGCCAAAGGGACCUGAAGAUCCUUGCAUUCCCUCACCUUGCGGACCAAAUGCACUUUGUCAAAACAAUGGCGGUAAUCCGUCAUGCUCAUGUCUUCCAAAUUACGUUGGGUCUCCACCUUCAUGUCGUCCGGAAUGUGUUAUAAAUCCGGAUUGCUCUAGCAAUAAAGCAUGUAUCAAUGCCAAGUGUACAGAUCCCUGCCCAGGCUCUUGUGGCGACAAUGCCGAGUGCAACAUUGUUAAUCAUGCUGUUACCUGCACGUGUUUAACAGGAUAUACGGGAAAUCCAUUCGUUCAAUGUGUAAUAAAACAAGAAGAAGCUCUGAAUCCCUGUGAGCCAUCUCCAUGUGGCCCUAACGCAGUUUGCCAACAACGUGAUAAUGCAGGCGCAUGCAGUUGUAUUGAAGACUAUUAUGGAAAUCCGUAUGAAGGCUGCCAACCUGAGUGCAUUCUUAGUGCAGAUUGUCCGACAAACAAAGCUUGCAUUCGAAACAAGUGUGAAGAUCCUUGCCCAGGUAUUUGUGGCACCCGUGCAGAAUGUUCCGUUGUGAAUCACAUCCCCACAUGUAUUUGUAUGCCUGGAUACAUUGGUGAUCCAUUCAUCGGUUGCACACUUCGGCCAGUUACAGAACCGACUGUGUCUGAACCAUGUUCACCCUCCCCUUGUGGACCAAGCAGCGUAUGCAGGGUGGUUAACAAUCAACCUGUGUGUACUUGUGAAAAAUCAUACAUUGGCACACCACCUAAUUGUAGACCUGAAUGUGUUGUCAAUUCUGAGUGCCCUCAAGAUCGAGCUUGUUAUAAGUUCAAGUGUAAUGAUCCUUGUCCGGGAACCUGUGGGAUCGGAGCUAAAUGUCAAGUUGUGAACCAUCAUCCUCUAUGCAGCUGUCCUCAAGGGAUGACUGGUGAUCCAUUCUCAAGAUGUUAUCGAGAAAUAGUUCCACCUUUGGAAGUCCCAAAACAAAGAGAUCCUUGCAUGCCUAGUCCAUGUGGCCUCUAUGCAGAAUGCAGGAAUAUCGCUGACCAAGCAGCGUGUUCAUGUCUAAAGAAUUACAUAGGAUCUCCGCCAAACUGUCGCCCAGAGUGUGUCGUAAACACAGAUUGUUCGUCUAAUCAUGCUUGUAUCUCCGAAAAAUGCAGAGAUCCCUGUAUGGGAUCUUGUGGACAAAACGCUGACUGUCGUGUUCAAAACCAUAUUCCAAUAUGUAACUGCAAAGAAGGAUAUACUGGCGAUCCUUUCACACUUUGUGCACCAGUCCAAGAGCGGCCACGAGUUCCUGAUGACCCAUGCGAUCCAUCUCCAUGUGGACCGAAUGCUCAAUGCAACGGCGGCUCUUGUACAUGCCUGCCAGGUUACUUUGGAGAUCCGACCUCAUUUUGUCGUCCAGAGUGUACAAUGAAUUCUGAAUGCUCACGAGUAAAAUCGUGCGCUAAUCAGCAUUGUAUCGACCCAUGCCCUGGUACUUGCGGAUCCAAUGCUCGCUGCGAUGUUGUCAAUCAUAUUCCCAUGUGCAGUUGUCCACCGGGCACAACGGGCGAUCCAUUCUCUCUCUGUAGGCCACCCAAAAAUGAUGAAGUACCAGCGCAACCUUGCACACCAUCGCCAUGUGGUCCACACAGUAUAUGCAAAGUCGUCAACAAUCAUGCAGUGUGCUCUUGCCAGUCAAACUUUAUAGGUAAUCCACCGUCCUGCAGACCAGAGUGUAUAGUUAGCGCAGAGUGUCCACUAACACAAGCGUGCCUGAGAAGCAAGUGCUCAGAUCCUUGUCCAGGCACUUGCGGACAGAAUGCCAGAUGCCAAGUGGUGAAUCAUAAUCCGAUAUGUAGCUGCAGUGAGGGUUAUACUGGUGAUCCAUUCACCAGAUGCGACCAAAUCCAAGUUACUCCAGUGCCAAUAAAUCCGUGCGACCCAUCACCAUGUGGGCCUAACUCAGAAUGUCACGUCCGUGGGGAAAGUCCUGCAUGUUCAUGUUCCCAGAAUUACGUGGGAGUUCCGCCAAAUUGCAGGCCAGAAUGUACGAUCAACCCAGAAUGUGCGCCGCAACUUGCUUGUGUUCAACAAAAGUGUCGUGAUCCGUGCAUUGGUGUUUGUGGUGUGAAUUCACAGUGUUCUGUAAUCAACCAUCAACCUGUUUGUUCCUGUCAUCAAGACUACACUGGCGAUCCAUUCAGCAGCUGUCAUCUUGUCGAGAGAGUAGAACCCCAAACAGAAAUUAGGAAACCAUGUGACCCAUCUCCCUGUGGCCCGAAUGCUAUUUGCCGUGAAUAUAAUGGCGCUGGAUCAUGCUCGUGUCGCUCAGACUAUAUAGGAAACCCUUACGAAGGCUGUCACCCCGAGUGCAUAUCAAACUCAGAUUGCAUGCCAGAUUUGGCUUGCAUCAACCUGAAAUGCAGAAACCCUUGUCCCGGAACCUGUGGCUUGAACGCACAGUGUAAUGUUGUUAACCACAUGCCAACUUGUAAUUGCAAUUCAGGUUAUACAGGAGACCCCUUCAGAUACUGCGUCCCGCACCAACACCUGCAUGUGGAGGUUGAAGUAGACCCAUGUUUCCCUUCGCCUUGCGGACCAAAUAGUAAAUGCCGCAAUACGAAUGGCCAAGCUGUUUGCUCAUGUUUACCAACUUAUAUUGGAUCCCCGCCGAGUUGUAAGCCAGAAUGUGUAGUAAAUAGCGAAUGUUCACCAACACUGGCAUGCAUCAACCAGAAAUGCAUCUCUCCUUGUCCGAACCCUUGUGGAUUAAAUACAGAAUGCAAAGUGAUCCACCAUAGCCCCAUUUGUAGUUGCAUUGCUCGAUAUACAGGAGAUCCCUUCACCAGAUGUUUCCCGCUGCCACAGAUUGUACUCCCACAACGAGAUGAGAUAGAUCCAUGCGUUCCAUCUCCUUGUGGAUUAUAUUCCGAGUGUCGAAAUAUUAGAGGGUCUCCAUCUUGCUCCUGCUUACCAUCUUAUAUGGGAGCACCGCCUAAUUGCAGACCCGAAUGUAGCGUGAAUUCUGAAUGUUCCAUGAACUUGGCUUGUAUCAAUGAGAAAUGCAAAAACCCAUGUUUAGGAUCAUGUAGUAGUACAGCUCUGUGCAAUGUACGUAAUCAUGUACCAAUGUGCACUUGUCCUGAUGGAUAUACAGGAGAUCCUUUCAGCAAUUGUUAUCCAAAACCACCACCUCCAACUGAAGUUGCAAUUCAUGAUUCAUGCGAUCCAUCUCCAUGCGGUCCCAAUGCCCUGUGUAAUGACGGAAUUUGUACAUGCUUACCCGACUAUCGGGGUGAUCCUUAUUAUGAAUGUCGCCCAGAAUGUGUUCUCAACUCGGAUUGUUCCCGAGAAAAGGCAUGCAUUCGCAAUAAGUGCAUAGAUCCAUGUCCAGGAACUUGCGGACGAAUGGCCCAAUGUGUUGUAUUAAACCAUGUCCCUAUGUGUAGCUGUCCUGCAAGAAUGACAGGAAACGCCUUUGUACUUUGCUUACCAUUCCAAGAGCCUGUAGAUAGGAAUCCAUGUCAGCCCAGCCCGUGUGGUCCGAACAGUGUAUGUCGAAAAAUUAAUGAACAAGCAGUCUGUUCGUGUGUGCCGGGCUAUAUCGGUUCCCCACCCUCUUGUAGACCUGAGUGUACGGUGAGCUCGGACUGUUCACUAAACGAAGCAUGCAGUAACCAGAAAUGCAGAGAUCCAUGCCUUGGCUCUUGUGGCAUCAAUUCCAAAUGUCAAGUCAUUAAUCACAAUCCAAUCUGUACUUGCCCUCAACUUCACACUGGUGAUCCAUUUGUGAGAUGCAUUCCAAUACUUGAAACUAGUCCUAUUAUUCAAGCAAAUCCCUGUCAACCCUCUCCGUGUGGACCAAAUGCUAUUUGUAAAGUUAUCAAUGAUUCACCGUCUUGCUCCUGUCUCCAAGAGUACAUUGGCAUUCCGCCAAAUUGUAAACCAGAAUGCAUCAGUAAUAGUGAAUGCAGUAGUCACUUUGCAUGCAUUAAUCAAAAAUGUAAAGACCCGUGUCCAGGUUCAUGUGGUAGCAAUGCGGAGUGUCGAGUUGUUAGUCAUACACCAAUGUGUGCAUGUCUUCUCGGUUUUAAUGGAGAUCCAUUCACACAAUGUUUAAAACAACCCGCUGUGAUUGCUGAAUAUCUUAGCCCAUGUACUCCUUCUCCGUGUGGCGCAAAUGCUAUUUGUAAAGAGCAAAGUACAGCUGGAUCUUGUACGUGCGUACCUGGAUAUAUUGGAAAUCCGUAUGAAGGUUGCCGUCCGGAAUGUGUCAUCAAUUCUGAUUGUGCAUCUACUCUUGCUUGUAUUCGAUCCAAGUGCCAAAACCCUUGCCCGGGUACAUGUGGUCAGAAUGCAGAGUGCCAAGUUGUAAAUCAUUUGCCGUCAUGUAUAUGUAUUCCCGGUUUCACUGGAGAUCCAUUCCGUUACUGUAAUGUCAUGAGGCAACCCGUUAUAGCGGCAGAUCCGGGAGAUCUAUGUAAUCCAUCACCUUGUGGGCCAAACAGUCAAUGUCGCGAAAUCAAUGGUCAAGCUGUAUGUUCUUGCAAGCCAGAAUAUAUAGGAAGUCCGCCAGGGUGUCGACCAGAAUGUGUAGUCAGCUCGGAAUGUCCUUUGAAUAGAGCAUGCAUCCAACAGAAAUGUGUUAAUCCAUGUCCCGAGCCAUGUGGAGUAAAUACUAAUUGUGAAGUCUUGAAUCAUAGUCCAAUUUGUGCCUGCAAAGAUGGUUUUACUGGCGAUCCAUUCACACGAUGUUUCUCAAUCCCGCAACCACUUCCGGAGAAGGCUCCAACAAUAAAUCCAUGUGUGCCUUCACCUUGUGGCCCAAAUGCUGAAUGUCAUAACAAUAACGGGCUACCUUCAUGUUCUUGCGCAUUGAAUUAUGUUGGCAGUCCACCGAAUUGUAGGCCUGAAUGUACAAUAAAUCCCGAUUGUCCAAGUAAUAAGGCUUGUAUCAGAGAAAAAUGCAAAGAUCCUUGUCUUGGAUCUUGUGGAAUAGGAGCUCAAUGCAACGUUAUAAAUCAUACACCCAUGUGCACUUGUCCCGGCGGUUAUACCGGAGAUCCAUUUAAUAACUGCUACCGUGAACCACGUAAGAAGAAUUUGGGUUUUAUAUUCCCAGGCAUUGUUUUCGUAAAAAAUCCGACACUUUGUCUUUACAUUACAGCCACCGAAAUAAUUGAAACAAAUCCUUGCAAUCCGUCACCUUGUGGACCAAAUGCAGAGUGUAACGAUGGCAGUUGCUCAUGUUUACCUGAAUAUCGAGGUGAUCCGUACUCAGGCUGUCGCCCCGAAUGUGUUCUCAACACAGAUUGUCCCUUGAACAGAGCUUGUGGCAGUAAUAAGUGCUUUGAUCCUUGUCCUGGUACCUGUGGGCAGAAUGCACAAUGCAGCGUUUAUAAUCAUGUUCCCAUGUGUAGCUGUCCAAUAGGAAUGUCAGGAAAUGCGUUUGUUCUCUGUUCACCUAUAAAAGAAAUGGAUUUACCGAAUCCAUGCAGUCCUUCGCCCUGCGGUCCCAAUAGCUUGUGUCGUACUGUAAACGGACAAGGCGUCUGCUCAUGUGUUCCUGGUUAUAUUGGAAGCCCUCCAUCAUGUAGACCCGAAUGUGUGGUUAGCUCGGACUGUGGAAGAAACGAAGCUUGUAGCAAUCAAAAAUGCAACGACCCAUGCCCUGGAACGUGUGGUCUCAGAGCUCAGUGUCAAGUCGUUAACCACAACCCAAUAUGUACUUGUCCCUCAGGUUACACUGGUGACCCGUUCCUACGAUGCGAAUUCAUCUUGCCCACCGAGGUUAAACCAGUGAAUCCAUGUCAACCAUCACCUUGCGGCCCAAAUGCUCAGUGUCAAAUAAUUAAUGAAAAUCCUUCAUGCUCUUGCCUCUCACAAUUCAUUGGAUCUCCGCCAAACUGCAGACCUGAAUGUGUUAGUAAUAGCGAAUGCUCCAGUCACUUGGCAUGUAUAAACCAAAAAUGCGCAGAUCCUUGUCCAGGAUCGUGUGGUUUCAAUGCUGAAUGUCGUGUGGUUAGUCAUACGCCAAUGUGCGUUUGUACUACAGGUUUUGUUGGCGAUCCCUUCACUCAAUGCAACAUCCAACUAUCUGAACCAGUUAUUGCCGAGAAACUUUCUCCGUGUACUCCAUCACCUUGUGGCUCAAAUGCUAUUUGUAAAGAACAAAAUGGCGUCGGAUCGUGUACUUGUGUAUCCGAGUAUAUCGGUAAUCCUUAUGAAGGCUGUCGCCCAGAGUGUACUGUCAAUUCAGAUUGUAUAUCCAGCUUAGCAUGUAUACGAUCUAAAUGCCAAAACCCAUGCCCUGGAACAUGUGGCCAAAACGCAGAGUGCCAAGUAAUUAGCCACUUACCAACUUGCACAUGCAUAUCUGGAUAUAUAGGAGAUCCAUUCAGUUACUGUCACCUGUCACCGCCAAUAAUUGUAGAUGACACAUUGGACCCAUGUAACCCUACACCCUGCGGGCCAAAUAGCCAAUGCCGUGUAAGUAACGGGCAAGCAGUUUGCUCGUGUCUGCCUGAGUACAAAGGAUCUCCACCUGGAUGCCGGCCAGAGUGUGUCGUAAGCUCAGAAUGUCAAACAAACAAAGCGUGUAUAAAUCAAAAAUGCGUCAAUCCAUGCCCAAGUCCGUGCGGUUUGAAUACCGAUUGUAAGGUUUCGAUGCAUAGUCCAAUUUGUAUUUGCAAACUUGGAUACACUGGAGAUCCAUUCACAAGAUGCUUCCCAACUCCAAAGCCUGAGCCAACGAUUGUUCGGCCAACAAACCCUUGUGUACCAUCCCCAUGUGGGUCUUACGCUGAAUGUCGUGACAUUGGUGGAUCUCCAUCAUGUUCAUGUCAUCCAAACUACAUUGGUAGUCCACCUAAUUGCAGACCUGAAUGUACUAUAAACGCAGACUGUGCAAGCAAUAAAGCAUGCAUAAAAGAAAAAUGCAGAGAUCCAUGUCCUGGUUCUUGCGGAAUCAAUGCUCAGUGCAAUGUGAUAAAUCAUAGUCCAGCGUGCACAUGUCCCCUAGGCUAUACUGGCGACCCAUUCACUAAUUGUUACCCCAAGUUGCCUGAACCUGUCGAGGUACUUCAAACAGAUCCUUGCAACCCUUCUCCAUGCGGACCAAAUGCCGUAUGCAAUGAAGGAAUUUGCACAUGUUUGCCAGAAUACCAUGGAGACCCAUAUUCGGGCUGUCGCCCUGAAUGUGUUCUUAACACAGAUUGUCCCUUGAACAGAGCAUGUGGCAGUAAUAAGUGUUUUGACCCGUGCCCAGGUACUUGUGGUCAAAAUGCUCAAUGCAAUGUGUAUAAUCACGUUCCGAUGUGCAGUUGUCCAACAGGAAUGAGUGGAAAUGCAUUUGUUGUGUGUUCUCCGUUUAGAGAACCAGUAGUGGAAAAUUCAUGCUAUCCAUCACCAUGUGGGCCCAAUAGCCAGUGCCGAAUAAUAAAUCAGCAAACAGUAUGCUCAUGUGUACCUGGAUAUAUAGGCAGCCCACCAUCUUGUAGACCAGAAUGUGUCGUUAGUUCUGAAUGCCUCAGAAAUUUGGCCUGCAGUAAUCAAAAAUGUAUUGACCCAUGCCCCGGAACAUGUGGCAUUAAAGCCCAAUGUCAAGUCAGCAAUCACAACCCCAUAUGCAGCUGCCCAAUCAGAUAUACUGGUGACCCGUUCGUUAGGUGUACACCUAUUUCGGACACUCCAGUGAUAAAAGUGAACCCUUGUCAACCAUCACCUUGCGGUCCUAAUGCUCAAUGCCAAGUGAUCAAUGAUUUUCCAUCUUGCUCCUGCCUACCAGAGUUCACAGGGUCACCACCAAACUGUCGACCCGAGUGCGUAAGCAAUAGUGAAUGUUCCAGUCAUUUUGCAUGCAUAAAUCAGAAGUGCAAAGAUCCAUGUCCUGGUUCAUGUGGUGCGAAUGCAGAGUGCCGUGUUGUCAGUCAUACUCCUAUGUGCGUCUGCGCAAUUGGCUAUACCGGUGAUCCUUUCAUACAAUGCAACAUUCAACAAUCUGAGCCAAUAUAUGAAACAUUGUCCCCGUGCUCACCGUCUCCAUGCGGUUCCAAUGCUAUUUGCAAAGAGCAAAAUGGUGUUGGAUCUUGUACAUGUCUGCCAGAAUAUAUUGGUAAUCCAUAUGAAGGAUGUCGCCCUGAAUGUGUCGUCAAUUCCGAUUGUGUAUCAAGUCUUGCUUGCAUCCGAUCCAAAUGUCAGAAUCCUUGCCCUGGAACUUGUGGUCAAAAUGCACAGUGCCAGGUUGUGAAUCACUUGCCUUCGUGCACAUGUAUAUCUGAGUUUACCGGGGAUCCAUUCCGCUACUGUCAUCCAAUACCACAACCUGUUGACGCAGAACCAGAAGAUCCGUGCAAUCCUUUACCAUGUGGGCCAAAUAGUCAAUGUCGGGUUGUUAAUGGUCAAGCAGUUUGUUCAUGUUUACCUGAAUACAUUGGAAGUCCGCCAGGCUGUCGCCCAGAAUGUGUUGUGAGCUCGGAAUGCCCAACUAACAGAGCUUGUAUCAAUCAAAAAUGUGCCAACCCUUGUCCAGCCCCAUGUGGGUUGAGUACCAACUGUGAGGUUUCAAACCAUAGUCCGAUAUGCUCUUGCAAACAGGGCUACACUGGAGAUCCAUUCAGUAGAUGCUUCCCUAUUCCAAAACCACUUCCAAAUAUAGAACCAAUACGAAACCCAUGUGUCCCAUCUCCGUGUGGAGCUUACGCAGAAUGCCGUGACGUAGGAGGCUCUCCCUCUUGUUCUUGUUUAUCCAAUUAUAUUGGUAGCCCGCCCAAUUGUAGACCAGAAUGUACCAUAAAUCCUGACUGUCCCAGCAAUAAAGCAUGUAUGCGCGAAAAGUGUCGCGAUCCAUGUGCUGGUGCGUGUGGUACAGGAGCCGAAUGCAGUGUAAUCAAUCACACCCCAAUGUGUACUUGUCCGGAUGAAUAUACAGGAGAUCCAUUUAACAAUUGUUAUCCAAAACCACCAAUAGCUGACGUAGUGGAAACUGAUCCAUGUCACCCAUCCCCCUGUGGUCCAAAUGCUGAAUGCAAUCAGGGAAUAUGUACCUGUUUGUCUGAAUACCAAGGCGAUCCUUAUGCGGGUUGCAGGCCCGAAUGCGUCCUCAACACAGAUUGUCAAGUGAAUAAAGCUUGUAUACGUAACAAAUGCAUAGACCCCUGUUCUGGAACUUGUGCACAAAAUGCACAAUGUAAUGUGUACAAUCACGUGCCUAUGUGCAGUUGCCCGUCCGGAACAAACGGGAAUGCAUUUGUAUUGUGUUCGCCCAUCAGAGAUCCUAUUGUGUCAAGUCCAUGCAAUCCAUCGCCAUGUGGACCGAAUAGUCAAUGUCGCGUGAUAAACGGGCAGGCAGUAUGUACAUGCGCCCCUAGUUUCUUGGGAAGCCCGCCAUCCUGCAGACCCGAAUGUGUGAUAAGCUCAGACUGUAGCAGGAACGAGGCAUGCAGUAACCAGAAAUGUAUUGACCCCUGUCCUGGUACUUGUGGUCUUCGAGCCCAGUGCCAAGUUCAUAACCACAAUCCUAUAUGCAGCUGCCCUCCAAGACACACUGGUGAUCCAUUCGUGCGCUGCGAAUUAAUACUUGAAACACCAGUUGUACAUGUCAAUCCAUGUCAACCAUCACCUUGUGGUCCAAAUGCUCAAUGUCAAGUGAUUAAUGAUUCGCCAUCAUGUUCGUGUCUACCAGAGUUCACGGGUUCACCGCCAAAUUGCCGACCAGAAUGUGUCAGCAAUAGUGAAUGCUCUAGUCAUUUGGCAUGCAUUAAUCAGAAAUGUAAAGAUCCGUGCCCAGGUUCAUGUGGUGCCUCCGCUGAAUGCCGCACAGUUAGUCAUACCCCAAUGUGUGUUUGCACGAUCGGUUAUACCGGUGAUCCCUUUACUCAAUGUGUUCUCAAACAACCUGAUCCAAUAUAUGAACAACCAUCUCCUUGUACGCCAUCACCAUGUGGUUCGAAUGCAAUUUGCAAUGAGCAAAAUGGCGCUGGAUCGUGUACAUGCCUACCAGAACACAUCGGUAACCCGUACGAAGGAUGCCGUCCAGAGUGUGUUGUUAAUUCAGAUUGUGUAUCAAAUCUUGCUUGUAUUCGUUCUAAAUGCCAAAAUCCUUGUCCUGGAACUUGCGGCACGAAUGCACAAUGUCAAGUUAUUAAUCAUCUGCCUUCAUGCACAUGUAUGCCCGGUUUCACUGGAGAUCCGUUCCGUUACUGUCAUCUAGCACCAGAACCAGUAAUUGAAGCAGAUCCGCAAGAUCCAUGUAAUCCAUCACCGUGUGGACCAAAUAGUCAGUGCCGCAAUAUUAAUGGACAGGCUGUAUGCUCGUGUCUACCAGAAUAUGUCGGAAGUCCACCUGCCUGUCGACCCGAAUGUGUUGUAAGCUCAGAAUGUGCCGCAAACAAAGCUUGUAUCAAUCAGAAAUGCGUUAACCCAUGCCCCAAUCCAUGCGGCUUGAAUACCAAUUGCGAAGUGUUGAGUCACAGUCCUAUAUGUGCUUGCAAACCUGGCUAUACAGGAGAUCCAUUCACCCGAUGCUUCUCUAUUCCAAAACCAUCUCCGGAAAUAAUACCAGUGCAGAAUCCAUGUGUACCCUCACCAUGUGGACCUUACGCAGAAUGUCGUAAUGUAGGAGGCUCACCCUCCUGUUCUUGUCUAUCCAAUUACAUUGGCAGCCCACCCAAUUGUAGACCAGAGUGCACCAUAAAUCCUGACUGCCCAAGUAAUAGAGCAUGCAUGCGAGAAAAGUGCCGCGACCCAUGUUCUGGCGCAUGUGGUAUAAGUGCUCAGUGUAACGUCAUCAAUCACACUCCAACCUGCAUUUGCCCCGAUGGAUAUACUGGAGAUCCAUUUAGUAAUUGCUAUCCUAAACCACCAAUAGCGGACGUUGUGGAAAUAGACCCAUGUAAUCCUUCCCCUUGUGGAUCAAAUGCUGAAUGCAACCAGGGUGCGUGUACUUGUUUGCCAGAAUAUCAAGGUGACCCAUACGUGGGUUGUAGACCGGAAUGCAUUCUUAAUAUAGAGUGUCCACUGAAUAGAGCUUGCAUACGGAACAAGUGUAUUGAUCCGUGUCCUGGAACUUGUGCACCGAAUGCGGAAUGUAACGUGUAUAAUCACGUGCCUAUGUGCAGUUGUCCUCCAGGAAUGGAUGGAAAUGCGUUCGUACUGUGUGCACCUGCUAAAGAUCCUGUUGUGUCAAAUCCAUGCAACCCAUCGCCUUGUGGACCUAAUAGCCAGUGUCGUACGAUAAAUGGGCAAGCAGUAUGUUCAUGUGUUCCGGGUUUUAUGGGCAGCCCGCCAUCCUGUAGACCCGAAUGUGUUGUAAGCUCCGACUGUGAGCGAAAUGAAGCAUGCAGCAAUCAAAAAUGCAUCGACCCAUGUCCUGGUACGUGCGGUCUUCGAGCCCAGUGCCAAGUUAAUAACCAUAAUCCCAUAUGCAGCUGCCCUCCAAGAUACACUGGUGACCCAUUCGUGCGAUGCGAAUUAAUACUUGAAACACCAGUUGUACAUGUCAAUCCAUGUCAACCAUCACCUUGCGGUCCAAAUGCUCAGUGUCAGGUGAUUAAUGAAUCACCUUCCUGCUCCUGUAUGCAAGAAUUUACAGGGUCCCCACCAAACUGUAGGCCUGAAUGCGUUAGUAAUAGUGAAUGCUCUAGCCAUUUGGCAUGCAUCAACCAAAAGUGUAAAGACCCAUGCCCAGGUUCUUGUGGAGCAAAUGCAGAGUGUCGUGUUGUGAGCCACACACCAAUGUGCGUUUGUAGCACUGGAUAUGUUGGUGAUCCAUUCACCUUGUGCAGCACUAAACAACCUGACCCAGUGUAUGAUGACAUAUCUCCAUGCACACCUUCUCCAUGUGGAUCUAAUGCUGUAUGUAGAGAACAGAACAAUGUGGGAUCAUGUUCGUGUUUACCAGAAUAUAUUGGAAAUCCUUACGAAGGCUGUCGCCCAGAAUGUGUAGUCAAUUCAGACUGUCUCUCAAGUUUAGCGUGCAUUCGGUCGAAAUGUCAAAACCCUUGUCCUGGAACCUGCGGUCAGAAUGCUGAGUGUCAAGUCAUAAACCAUUUACCUUCAUGUACUUGUGUACCUCGAUUUACCGGAGAUCCGUUCCGUUAUUGUAGUCCAACACCACAACCAGUAGAUGCAGAUCCAGGCGACCCAUGUCAUCCAUCUCCUUGUGGCCCGAAUAGUCAAUGUCGCACUUCCAAUGGACAAGCAGUAUGCUCAUGUCUCCCUGAAUAUACAGGAAGUCCUCCAGGAUGUAGACCCGAAUGUGUUGUAAGCUCUGAAUGCCCGACAAACAAAGCAUGUAUUAAUCAGAAAUGCCUUAACCCGUGCCCAAGCCCAUGUGGUCUAAAUACAAAUUGUGAGGUCUUAAAUCACAGUCCAAUAUGUGCAUGUAAAGAAGGAUUCAGUGGUGAUCCAUUUACACGAUGCUCUCAUAUUCCACCACCACCACCAAGUCCUGUUCCAAUUCAAAACCCAUGUGCAUCCUCACCGUGUGGACCACAUUCAGAAUGUCGCGACAUUAGAGGCUCACCUUCGUGUUCUUGCCUACCAAGUUACAUUGGUAGUCCACCAAACUGUAAACCCGAAUGCACUAUCAACUCUGAUUGCACAAGUAGUACAGCUUGUAUCAGGGAAAAGUGUAGGGAUCCUUGUCCAGGUUCUUGCGGCUUUGACGCUCAGUGCACAGUCAUUAACCAUACCCCAAUGUGUACAUGUCACGAGGGUUAUACUGGAGAUCCAUUCAGUAACUGUUAUCCUAAACCACCGACACAAGCUGUAGCUGAUGAAUCAGACCCUUGCAAUCCAUCUCCGUGUGGUCCAAAUGCUCAAUGUAAUAGAGGAGUGUGUACAUGUUCACCAGAAUAUCAAGGAGAUCCUUAUGUCGGCUGUCGUCCCGAAUGUGUUUUGAAUACAGACUGUUCCCUAGAAAAGGCUUGCAGAAAUAAUAAAUGCAUAGAUCCUUGUCCUGGUACUUGUGGCCAAAAUGCCCAAUGCACAGUCUUCUCCCAUGUUCCCAUGUGCAGCUGUCCAGUGCGAAUGACAGGAAAUGCAUUCGUGUUAUGCACACCAGUUAUAGAGCCGGUAACUGUACAGCCUUGCAAUCCAUCACCAUGCGGGCCUAAUAGUCAAUGUAGAGUAGUCAAUAACUUGGCUGUAUGUACGUGUGUCAUUGGAUUUAUUGGCAGCCCUCCAACAUGCAGACCUGAGUGUAUCGUUAGCACAGAUUGUGCUCAGAAUGAAGCUUGUAUAAACCAAAAAUGCAGAGACCCAUGCCCAGGCACUUGUGGAAUGGGAGCUACGUGUCAAGUCAUAAACCACAAUCCUAUCUGCAGUUGUACUGGACAACUAACGGGGGAUCCGUUUAUCAGAUGUUCCCCGAUACAGCAAACCCCCAUUACCGAGACAAAUCCAUGCCACCCAUCACCUUGCGGACUCAACGCACAAUGUCAAGUCAUCAAUGGUUCCCCAUCGUGUUCUUGCUUACCCGAAUUUAUUGGAUCUCCUCCAAAUUGCAAACCCGAGUGUAUUAGCAACAGUGAAUGUUCUAGUCGACUUGCGUGUAUCAAUAAAAAAUGUCAGAAUCCCUGUCUCGGAUCCUGUGGUGCCAACACUGAAUGUCAGGUGGUUAGUCAUACACCGAUGUGCGUUUGCAGUAUUGGGUACACAGGCGAUCCAUUUACUCAGUGCAACAUUCAACCAAUUCAAACUGUUACAACUCAGUCACCAUGCACGCCAUCCCCAUGUGGUGCCAAUGCUAAAUGCGUAGAAAGAAAUGGUGCAGGAGCAUGUUCUUGCUUGACGGACUAUAUUGGAAAUCCCUAUGAGGGUUGCCGCCCUGAAUGUGUAAUCAAUUCAGACUGCGCACCAAGCCUGGCGUGUAUUCGUUCCAAGUGUCAAGACCCAUGUCCAGGAACAUGUGGUCAAAAUGCACAGUGUCGUGUAAUCAAUCAUUUACCAUCUUGCACUUGUAAUGACGGAUUCACAGGAGAUCCAUUCCGUUACUGUAACAGAGAACCAGAUAAAAUUGUGGAAGCCGACCGAACCGACGUAUGCAAUCCAUCACCUUGCGGGCCGAAUAGUAUUUGUCGAGAAAUCAAUGGGCAAGCAGUUUGUUCUUGUUUACCAACAUAUAGCGGUUCGCCGCCAGCUUGUAGACCCGAAUGUGUCGUAAGCUCUGAAUGUUCAACGAACAAAGCCUGCAUUAAUCAGAAAUGCACCGAUCCAUGCCCAGAUCCUUGCGGAAGAAAUGCGAACUGCAAAGUUACAAACCACAGUCCUAUAUGCACAUGUCGACCAGGCUAUACUGGGGAUGCGUUUUCAUCAUGCUUCUCAAUACCACGUCCGCCAGUUGAAAAUCAGCCACAAGUGCAAAAAGAUCCAUGCUUACCUUCUCCCUGUGGUCCAUAUUCUCAAUGCCGAGAUAUCGGCGGAACAGGAUCUUGUUCCUGUUUACCGACUUACAUAGGAACACCUCCAAACUGUAGACCAGAAUGUACAAUAAAUUCAGAAUGUACUAGCAACAUGGCAUGUAUCCGUGAGAAAUGUAGAGAUCCCUGUCCUGGAUCUUGUGGGUUAGGAGCGAGAUGUGAUGUUAUAAAUCAUACCCCAGUUUGUACAUGCUUGGAUGGGUACACAGGAGAUCCAUUUACAAACUGUGUUCCCAAAAGACCACCAUCUGAUGAGCCUGUAGUAGUGGACUUGUGCAAUCCAUCACCGUGUGGGUCAAAUGCUAUAUGUCAAGAAGGCAUAUGCUUUUGUAUACCGGAAUACCAUGGCGAUCCUUAUAGCGGGUGCCGCCCCGAGUGUGUCAUAAAUGAUGAUUGCUCUCGUGACAAAGCUUGCCUACGUAAUAAAUGUAUAGAUCCAUGUGUCGGUACUUGUGCUCUGAACGCUCAAUGCAUAACCACAAAUCAUAUACCCAUGUGCAGCUGUCCACAAGGAAUGAAUGGAAAUGCUUUCAUUCAAUGUGUACCAUUGCAAGCUGACGUUAUAACAAACCCAUGCUUGCCAUCACCAUGUGGACCCAAUAGUCACUGUCAGGAAGUGAACGGACUAGCAAUAUGCAAAUGUGUGCAAGGGUACAUUGGAAGCCCUCCCACCUGUCGACCUGAAUGUACAAUAAGUUCUGAUUGUGCGCAAACUGAAGCCUGCAUUAAUCAGAAAUGUAAAGAUCCAUGCCCUGGAACCUGCGGCCUUAAAGCUCAAUGCUCAGUUAUUAGUCAUAAUCCAAUAUGUGCUUGUCCUCAAGGUCUAACAGGAGAUCCCUUCUUAUCAUGCACUCGAAUUCCUGAAAUUCAACAAGAGCCGGUAAACCUAUGCCAGCCGUCACCCUGUGGACCAAAUGCUCAGUGCCAAAUCAUAAACCAAACACCUUCUUGCUCUUGUUUGCCCGAAUUCACCGGUUCUCCACCCAAUUGCCGACCCGAAUGUAUCAGUAACAGUGAAUGUCCCAGUGCCGAGGCAUGUAUUCAUCAGAAAUGCAAGGAUCCAUGUCCAGGGUCAUGUGGAGCAAAUGCCGAAUGUCAUGUCUUCAGUCACACGCCAAUGUGUACUUGUAACUCAGGUUACACAGGAGAUCCAUUUACGCAGUGUUCUGUGGUUCAACUUGCUAUUGAGGAGAGACCAGCGCCAUGCAGGCCUACGCCCUGUGGUGCUAAUGCAAUAUGCAAGGAACUCGGUGAGGCUGGAUCAUGUUCAUGCCUACCUGAGUAUAUUGGUAACCCGUACGAAGGAUGUAGGCCUGAGUGUGUCACGAAUUCCGAUUGCCCAUCUAAUCUUGCUUGCAUUAGAUCCAAAUGUCAAGAUCCUUGCCCAGGUUCUUGCGGUCAAAAUGCACUUUGCCAAGUUAUAAGUCACGCGCCAACUUGCACCUGUAUCGAAGGUUACACUGGUGAUCCGUUCCGUUAUUGCAAUGUUUUAACGCCGAUAGUAUUUGAAGAAGGUAUCCGAGAUCCAUGUAGUCCAUCCCCUUGUGGACCAAACAGCGAGUGUCGUGUAAAUAACGAUCAAGCAGUAUGUUCGUGUCUUGCAAAUUAUAAAGGCAGUCCUCCACUGUGUCGUCCUGAAUGUGUAGUUAGCUCAGAAUGUUCUUCAACACGCACUUGUGUCAACCAGCGAUGCAUAGAUCCGUGUCCAGAUCCUUGUGGCAGGAAUACUCAAUGCAAAGUUGUAAACCAUAGUCCAAUUUGCUUCUGCAAAAAUGGAUAUUCAGGGGAUCCAUUUUCACAAUGUUAUCCUAUAACCGAAGUCAAUCCACCCCAACCACCUGUAAUGAGGGACCCUUGUAUUCCAUCACCAUGUGGCGCAAAUGCUGAGUGUCGUGCUGUUGGUGACGCUCCUGCAUGUACUUGUUUGGCAAACUAUGUUGGCAGUCCACCAAAUUGUAGACCUGAAUGUACAAUCAAUGCAGAAUGCCCCAGUAAUUUGGCUUGCAUCCGAGAAAAAUGUAGAGAUCCAUGUCCAGGAUCAUGCGGUUUCAAUGCACAAUGCAUGGUUGUCAAUCAUACACCAAUGUGCCAAUGUUUAGAAGGUUUUACUGGAGAUCCAUUCACUCAGUGUAAUUUAAAACCAGUUCAGCAAACUGAACCACAAGAAUCGGAUCCAUGUAAUCCAUCUCCCUGCGGCCCCAAUGCUCAAUGUGACAACGGCAUUUGUUCUUGCUUACCCGAAUAUCAAGGAGAUCCAUAUGCGGGGUGUCGUCCAGAAUGUGUUCUUAAUAUUGACUGCCCUCGCAAUAGAGCUUGUUCUAGGAACAAAUGCUACGAUCCUUGUCCAGGCACCUGUGCAAAUAAUGCUCUGUGUAGUGUAAUAAAUCACAUUCCUAUGUGUAGCUGUCCACAAGGAUUUGAAGGCAACGCUUUCGUUCUAUGUACACCAAUCCGAGCUCCUGCAGUUUCAUCGCCAUGUAAUCCUUCACCCUGCGGUCCUAAUAGUCAAUGUCGAAGUAACAAUGGUCAAUCAGUGUGCACCUGCGUCCCUGGUUACAUAGGAAGCCCGCCGUCAUGCCGACCGGAAUGUCUUGUUAGUUCUGACUGUCCACAAAAUGAAGCCUGCAAUAAUCAAAAAUGUAGAAACCCUUGCAUUGGUACAUGCGGUUAUGGAGCUCUGUGCGAAGUUGUCAACCAUAAUCCAAUAUGUCACUGUCCUGUGAGAUAUACCGGUGAUCCAUUUGUGCGAUGUGCACCGAUCCCUGAAAUUCCAGCUGUAUUUGUAAACCCAUGCCAGCCAUCUCCUUGUGGCCCAAAUGCGGUAUGCCAAGUUUCGAAUGAUUCACCAUCGUGUUCUUGUUUACCCGAAUUUAUUGGCUCCCCACCAAACUGUAGACCCGAAUGUAUUAGUAACAGCGAGUGCCCCAGUCAUGAAGCAUGUAAUAACCAGAAAUGCAAAGAUCCAUGCCCAGGUUCAUGUGGCAAUAACGCAGAAUGUCGUACAGUAAGCCAUACACCAAUGUGCUUCUGUAGCAUUGGGCAUACGGGAGAUCCAUUUACACAAUGCUUUAUCAAACCAAUCGAUGACGUCGUCGAUCAAAGACCAACACCUUGUUUACCGUCUCCAUGUGGAUCUAACGCUAUUUGUACUGAACGUAACCAAGCAGGAUCAUGUUCCUGUUUGCCAGAAUAUAUUGGAAAUCCGUAUGAAGGUUGUAGGCCGGAAUGCGUUCGAAAUUCAGAUUGCCCGUCGAAUCUGGCUUGUAUCAGGUCUAAAUGCAUCGACCCAUGUCCGGGAACUUGUGGUACAAACGCAGAGUGUCGUGUAGUUACCCAUGUACCGACAUGCUCUUGUUACACAUCUUAUACGGGAGAUCCUUAUCAAUACUGUACAUUACAACAACCAGUCAAUAUUCCAGUAGACAAAAUUGAUCCGUGCAGUGAAGCUCGCUGUGGUCCAAAUAGUCAGUGUAGGAUAAUAAACGAUCAAGCUGUUUGUUCCUGUCUUCCGGCGUACACUGGUAGCCCACCGACAUGCAGACCAGAAUGUGUUGUUAGUUCUGAGUGCACUUUUGACAAAGCAUGUAUAGAACAGAAAUGCAAAAAUCCAUGCCCGACGCCAUGUGGUGUGAAUUCUGAAUGCAGAGUAAUAAACCAUGCUCCAUUAUGCAGCUGUAGACAAGGAUUCACCGGUGAUCCAUUCACCAUGUGCUUCUCAGUACCAUUGACGUCUCCAGGUCAAGACGAAAUAAUUCAAAGAGAUCCAUGUAUUCCAUCACCCUGCGGCCAGUAUGCAGAAUGUCGAAACAUAGGAGGACUCCCUUCGUGUUCUUGUGUUACUGGUUACAUGGGAAUCCCUCCAAACUGUAGGCCCGAAUGCACGAUCAAUCAGGAAUGUCCCAGUAACCGAGCAUGUAUGCGCGAAAAAUGUAGAGAUCCUUGCCCUGGAUCUUGCGGUGUACUUUCACAAUGCCACGUAACUAAUCACGUCCCGAUAUGCACCUGUCUUGAAGGAUACACUGGCGAUCCAUUCAGUAACUGUUUCCUGAAACCGUCACAACCUGAGCCUGAUGUCUCUGAUCCAUGUAAUCCUUCUCCGUGUGGGCCAAAUGCUCAGUGUAAUGAUGGAAUUUGUACAUGUUUACCUGAAUAUCGAGGUGACCCAUACUCAGGUUGCCGACCAGAAUGUGUUCUCAACACAGACUGUCCACCGAACAGAGCAUGUACUCGCAAUAAAUGCGUAGACCCUUGUCCAGGAACUUGUGGAUAUAAUGCCAUAUGCAACGUAUAUAACCACGUUCCGAUGUGCAGUUGUCCUUCAGGAAUGACCGGAAAUGCAUUUAUUUCAUGCAAUAUUCAACAGGCACCUGCCUUUACCGAUCCAUGCAAUCCAUCCCCGUGUGGACCAAAUAGUCAGUGCCGACAGAGUAAUGGACAUGCAAUAUGCUCUUGUAUCAUUGGGUAUAUAGGUUCCCCACCAACUUGUAGGCCCGAAUGCGUUGUCAACUCAGAUUGUGCUCAAAGCGAGGCAUGUAGCAAUCAGAAAUGCAGUGAUCCUUGUCUGGGAACUUGCGGAAUACGCGCAAGCUGCAAAGUUGUCAACCAUAACCCAAUUUGCAGCUGCCCAACCACUUUGACGGGAGAUCCGUUCGUUCAAUGUUCACCAAUACCUGUGGAACCAGUGGCGUAUGUAGAUCCAUGUCAACCAUCACCUUGCGGCCUCAAUGCGCAGUGCCAAGUUCUCAAUGAUUCGCCAUCUUGUUCGUGCUUACCAGAAUUUAUUGGUAUACCACCUCAAUGCAGACCAGAAUGUAUUAGUAAUAGCGAAUGUCCAAGUCAAAAGGCAUGCAUAAAUCAAAAGUGCCAAGAUCCAUGUCCUGGUUCUUGCGGAUAUAAUGCCGAUUGUCAUGUCGUCAGUCAUACGCCAAUGUGCGUUUGCUCCAUUGGAUACACCGGGGAUCCAUUCACACAAUGUGUACAACAAAUUGGUAUACCAUUUAAUGAAUCCCCAACUCCUUGUACACCAUCCCCUUGCGGAGCAAAUGCAGAAUGCAGAGUAAGAGAAAAUGCUGGCUCCUGCACGUGCGUGGCAGAAUACAUUGGAAAUCCUUACGAAGGAUGCAGGCCAGAAUGCGUCGUAAAUUCGGAUUGCUCAUCAAACCUAGCCUGCACUGGGCUAAAAUGCAAAGAUCCUUGCCCAGGAACCUGCGGCCAAAAUUCUGAAUGCCAUGUCAUAAAUCAUAUGCCAACAUGUACUUGUUUCGAAAGAUAUACUGGCGAUCCGUUCCGUUACUGCCACCCAAUUUUAGAACCAACAGUUGUAGCCGAUGCGAGCAACCCGUGCGAACCUUCACCUUGUGGUUCUAAUAGUCAGUGUCGGGAAAUUAACGGUCAAGCAGUGUGCACUUGUCUACCAACUUAUAUAGGCAGCCCACCCAAUUGUAGACCGGAGUGUGUCGUAAGCUCGGACUGUUCCUCAACUCUAUCGUGUAUUGGCCAAAAAUGCACCAACCCCUGCCCCACUCCAUGUGGAGUGAACACAAUCUGUAAUGUUAUAAAUCACAGCCCCAUAUGCAUUUGCAAACAUGGAUUGACUGGUGAUCCAUUCACACGAUGUUUCGGGAUUCCACCUCCAAUUCAGCCCGUUGUUGAAGAUUAUAGAGACCCAUGCUUCCCUUCACCAUGUGGACCACACUCGCAAUGCCAAAAUAUUGGUGGAACACCAUCAUGUUCUUGUUUGGCUGAAUAUCUUGGUAGUCCCCCCAAUUGUAGACCUGAAUGCACAAUUCACCCUGAUUGCUCAAGUAACAGAGCUUGUAUAAAUGAGAAAUGCCGUGACCCAUGUGCAGGGUCAUGUGGAUUGAACGCCAUUUGUAGUGUGUUCAAUCACAUACCAGUAUGUACUUGUAAUGAAGGUUACACCGGGGAUCCAUUCAGCAGUUGUCAUUCCACACCAAUUACAGAAAAUGUUGACAUAGACCAAUGUAAUCCAUCACCAUGCGGUCCUAAUGCCAUAUGUAACAAUGGAAUUUGUACUUGCGAACCUGAAUUCAAAGGUGACCCAUACACUGGGUGUCGACCAGAGUGUGUCCUAAAUACAGACUGCCCCUUCAACAAGGCAUGUGUGCGCAAUAAGUGUAUAGACCCGUGCCCUGGUACCUGUGGACAAAAUGCCCUAUGUAAUGUCAUCAACCAUACCCCAAUGUGUAGUUGUCCAGUAGGCACAAGUGGAAAUGCAUUAAUCUUAUGCCAAACAGUAAAAGCUCCUGUUAACCCAAGACCAUGCAAUCCAUCUCCAUGUGGCCCUAACAGCAUUUGUCGUGAAGUGAAUGGACAAGCUGUAUGUUCAUGCGCGCCCGAAUACAUAGGCAGCCCACCAUCUUGUCGACCUGAAUGCAUAGUUAGUUCUGACUGUACACGAAAUGAAGCUUGUACAAACCAAAAAUGUAGAGAUCCAUGUCCUGGAACUUGUGGCCUACAAGCGAUAUGUGCAGUAAUCAAUCACAACCCAAUUUGCUCAUGUCCCGAACGUUUCACUGGUGAUCCGUUUAUCAGAUGCACUGUCAUACAAAUGACGGAACCUGUGCCGAUAAAUCCGUGCCAACCUUCGCCAUGUGGCCCCUAUUCACAAUGCCAAGUCAACAACGAAUCACCUUCAUGCUCUUGUCUACCGCAGUAUACAGGCUCCCCUCCAAAUUGUAAACCCGAAUGUGUUAGCAAUAAUGAAUGCCCCAGUCAUCAAGCAUGUUUUAAUCAAAAAUGUAAAGACCCAUGCCCUGGAAUGUGCGGUGCAAAUGCGGAAUGUUACGUCGUUAGUCACACACCAAAUUGCGUAUGCUCUAAUUACUACACGGGAAAUCCAUUUGUUCAAUGUUUCCCCGCUCAAAUUAGUCCAAUUCCUGACGAUGUACACUCCCCCUGUUCACCUUCACCGUGUGGCUCAAACGCGAUUUGCAAAGAAUCUAAUGGUGCUGGAUCUUGCUCCUGCUUACCCGACUACCAAGGAAACCCUUACGAAGGAUGUAGACCCGAAUGUGUAAUCAAUUCUGACUGUCCAUCUUAUCAAGCUUGUAUUCAAUCCAAAUGCAAGGAUCCAUGUCCAGGCACUUGUGGUCAAAACGCAGAAUGUUCAGCUGUUAACCACUUGCCGUCGUGUAACUGUCGCUCAGGAUACACUGGCGAUCCCUUUGCAUUUUGUACCCUCGUCCAAUUUUCUGAAGAGUCAGAGAAACGAAACCCUUGCAACCCAUCACCAUGUGGACCUAACAGCCAGUGCAAAGAGCUUAAUGAUCAAGCAAUAUGCUCUUGUCUUCCUACAUAUGUUGGCAGCCCGCCAGGUUGUCGGCCAGAGUGUGUUUCCAGCUCAGAAUGUUCCUCCCAACUAGCAUGCAUAAAUCAGAAAUGUGUAAACCCAUGCCCUGCUCCGUGUGGUCUGAAAACCAACUGUGUGGUAGUAAAUCACAGUCCAAUUUGUAGUUGUUUGCCAGGACAUAGCGGAGAUCCUUUCACCAGAUGCACACCAAUUCCACCUCGUGAACCGGCAACAUCUAUAGAGUCAGAUCCGUGUGUUCCAUCACCGUGUGGCAGCUUCGCUCAAUGUCGGAAUGUCGGGGGAACACCAGCUUGCACUUGUUUGAAUGAUUACAUAGGACAGCCACCAAACUGUAGACCCGAAUGCACUAUAAAUCCCGAGUGCCAGAGUAACGAAGCCUGUAUAAAUGAAAAAUGUAGAGACCCUUGUCCUGGAUCGUGUGGUUUUGGAGCUCAAUGUGCCGUUAUCAUGCAUACUCCGAUAUGCACGUGCGCUGAAGGUUACACUGGAGAUCCAUUUACAAACUGCAACCUCCUUCCCCCAACUCCUUCUGAUCCAGUACCAGUAGACAAGUGUAAUCCAUCUCCUUGUGGUCCAAAUGCUCAAUGUGAUGAUGGUGUUUGUACAUGCUCAUUAGAAUAUCAAGGAGACCCAUAUUCCGGUUGUAGACCUGAAUGUGUGCUUAAUCCAGAUUGUCCCCGUGAAAAAGCUUGUCUACGAAACAAGUGCAAAGAUCCGUGCCCUGGCGCAUGUGCUGCAAACGCUUUGUGCACUGUUAUCAAUCAUGUCCCCAUGUGUAGUUGCCCCGAGAACACCAGUGGCAAUGCCUUCAGCUUCUGUGCUCCAUUAGAAGAACCUAUCCUGUCGGACCCAUGCAACCCCACACCAUGUGGACCCAAUAGCGAAUGCCGUGUUGUAAGUGGACAAGCUGUUUGUGCAUGUGUGAGCGGAUUCAUUGGUAGCCCUCCCACUUGUCGACCAGAAUGUAUAGUCAGCACCGAUUGUCUCCAAAACGAAGCAUGCAGUAAUCAGAAAUGUAAAGACCCAUGUCCAGGUACAUGCGGUUUGAAAGCCAAAUGCCAGGUUGUGAAUCAUAAUCCAAUCUGCAGCUGUCCUACGCGAUUCACAGGCGAUCCAUUCAUCAGAUGCACACCGAUGUUAGAUGAAGUACCACCAUCCAUCAACCCAUGCCAACCAUCUCCAUGCGGCCCUAACGCCCUGUGCCAGAUUACAAACGAUUCUCCAUCUUGCUCGUGUCUACCAGAGUUUAUAGGAAACCCACCAAACUGUAGACCAGAAUGUAGUAGCAAUAGUGAAUGCUCUAGCAACUUAGCUUGUAUCAAUCAAAAGUGCAAAGACCCUUGUCCUGGUUCUUGUGGAUCCAAUGCAGAGUGUCACGUAUACAGUCAUACCCCAAUGUGCGUGUGUAAGAAUUCCUACACUGGGGAUCCUUUCACACAAUGUACUUACCGAGAACCAUCACUGCCCAUCCAACCUCAACGACCCUGUCAGCCUUCUCCUUGCGGAGCAAAUGCUGUGUGCAAAGAGCUCAAUGAAGCCGGCUCAUGCUCGUGUCUUCCAAAUUAUUUCGGAAAUCCGUACGAAGGUUGCAGACCAGAGUGUGUUAUUAAUUCUGAUUGUCCGUCGAAUACUGCGUGCAUUAAUUUCAAAUGCAAAGAUCCUUGUCCCGGAACAUGUGGACAGAAUGCAGAAUGUCAAGUUGUUAACCACUUGCCCAUGUGUACUUGUUACGCAAGAUAUACUGGUGAUCCUUUCACGUACUGCAUCAUGGCUGUAGAAGAUACACCUGUCAAACAAGACCCAUGUAAUCCAUCGCAAUGUGGACCAAACAGCCAAUGUCGAAUAAUAAAUGAACAAGCUGUUUGCUCAUGUUUGCCCGAAUAUGUCGGAACUCCUCCAGCGUGUCGCCCAGAAUGUGUUGUUAGUUCGGAAUGCCCAUCAAACCGAGCAUGUAUUAACAAAAAAUGUAUUGAUCCAUGCCCUGGAAGAUGUGGCUCAAAUUCAAGAUGUGAAACCAUAAACCAUAGUCCAAUUUGUAGUUGCCAGCAGGGUUACACAGGAGAUCCAUUUGUUACGUGUUUCAGAGUACCGGUUACGCUACCAGAUGAACCACAAACAUAUGUCAAUCCUUGUCUUCCUUCGCCAUGUGGACAAAACUCUGAAUGUCGUGACAUUAAUGGACAAGCAUCGUGUGCAUGUCUAGCCAGUUUCAUAGGAACACCGCCCAAUUGUAGACCAGAGUGUACAAUCAACCCCGACUGUCCCAGUAAUCAGGCAUGUCUACAAUCAAAAUGCAGAGAUCCUUGUCCAGGAUCUUGCGGAAUAGGAGCAGAAUGUACAGUGGUUGGUCAUACACCUAUGUGUCAUUGCCUUGAAGGUUAUACCGGGGAUCCAUUUACCAGAUGUACACCACAAUUGGAAUCACCACAAGAACCAGAACCUACUGAUCCGUGUUAUUUGUGUCGUGCAAACACACAAUGUCUCGAUGGUACAUGUACGUGUUUGCCAAACUUCCAAGGAGACCCAUUCAUAGGUUGUCGACCAGAAUGUGUACUUAAUCAAGAUUGUGCAAUUAAUCAAGCAUGUAUUCAAAGUAAAUGCAAGGAUCCUUGCAUAGGAACAUGUGGAAACAAUGCUGUAUGCAGUGUCGUAAAUCAUAUCCCAAUUUGUACUUGCCCAUCCGGUACAUCUGGCAACGCGUUCGUUGCUUGCUACACAGUGCAAGUGCCAGUACUGUCGGAUCCUUGCAAUCCAUCGCCGUGUGGUUCAAACAGUCAGUGUCGUCGUAUCAAUGAACAAGCAGUUUGUUCUUGUAUUGCUGGUUACAUGGGCAGUCCACCAAGCUGCAGACCAGAAUGUACAAUUAGCUCUGACUGUGCUCCAAACAAAGCAUGCAGUAAUCAAAAGUGUAUAGAUCCUUGCCCAGGGACAUGUGGGCUCCGAGCUAUUUGUAAUGUUGUAAAUCAUAAUCCCAUAUGUAGCUGUCCGGCAGAUCUUACCGGAGAUCCAUUUGUUAGAUGCACUCUAAUUGAAAAACAACCGGAUACUUCUAUGCCUUGUCAACCAUCACCGUGUGGUCCUAAUGCUCAAUGUCAAGUAGUAAAUGACUCUCCUUCAUGCUCUUGUCUACCUGAAUUCACCGGAUCACCACCACAAUGUAGACCUGAAUGUGUUAGUAACAGCGAAUGUCCCUCCAACUUGGCCUGUAUUAACCAAAAGUGCAGAGAUCCUUGUCCAGGCUCAUGUGCAGCAAAUGCUGACUGUAGAGUAAUAAGUCACACUCCAAUGUGUGUUUGUGCAGCUGGUUUCAUCGGGGAUCCAUUCACCCAGUGUGUUCCAAAGCAAACUGAAAAAUUACCGGAAGAAAAGCCAACACCUUGUAUACCAUCGCCAUGUGGAUCUAAUUCAGUGUGCCGAGAAUUGAAUGGAGUUGGAUCUUGCACAUGUUUACCAGAUUAUAUUGGGAACCCCUAUGAGGGUUGUCGCCCAGAAUGUGUAAUUAAUUCCGACUGUACAUCCGACAGAGCUUGUAUCAAUUCAAAGUGUCAAAAUCCGUGCCCAGGAACGUGUGGUCAAAACGCUGUAUGUCAAGUCAUUAAUCAUCUACCAUCGUGCACAUGUCAAUUUGGAUAUACCGGUGAUCCAUUCCGAUACUGUAAUGUUGUAAUUAACGAAGAUGAAGUGCCUGCUGACCCAUGUAACCCUUCACCUUGUGGGCCAAAUAGUAAAUGUCGUGAAGUCAAUGGUCAGGGAAUCUGUUCUUGCUUGCCAAAUUACAUGGGAAGUCCACCAUCGUGUAGACCAGAAUGUGUGAUUAGCGCGGAAUGUCCAACAAACCGUGCCUGCAUCAACCAGAAGUGUGCAGAUCCAUGCCCAGGCAUUUGCGGUCUAAAUGCAAAAUGUGAUACUAUCAAUCAUAGCCCUAUUUGCAGUUGUAUUCAAAGAUUCACCGGAGAUCCGUUUGUAAAAUGCUUCAAUAUCCCUGUUGAAACCCCAGCACCUAUCGAGAAUGAACAUCCAUGUCUACCAUCUCCAUGUGGACCAUUUUCUAUCUGUCAAGCUGUUGGUAAUUUACCAUCAUGCACAUGCACGCAGAACUCGAUUGGAUCGCCUCCGAAUUGUAGGCCUGAAUGUACAAUUAACUCUGAAUGCGUCAGUAACCGCGCUUGUAUCAGAGAACAGUGUAGAGAUCCAUGCCCAGGAUCCUGUGGAAUUGGAGCACAAUGUAACGUUGUUAAUCACGUUCCAUCUUGCACUUGCCCAGACGGAUAUACCGGAGAUCCAUUCACCAGUUGCUCCCCGAAACAACCGCUCUCUGAGCCAGUAGUACCAGACCCCUGCAGUCUCUCGCCGUGUGGACCAAAUGCAGAAUGCGUAAAUGGUGCGUGCAUCUGCUUACCAGAAUACCAUGGGGAUCCGUAUUUCGGAUGUCGUCCUGAAUGUGUACAAAAUACAGAGUGUAUCUUUGACAAAGCAUGUAUACGUAACAAGUGUGCUGACCCUUGUCCUGGAGUGUGUGGUCAAAAUGCAGAAUGCACGGUCAUCAAUCAUGUCCCAAUGUGUAGUUGCCCCAGUGGAACAACUGGAAAUGCGUUCAGUUUCUGUUCACCAGCUAAAGAACCAGAUGUGAUUAAUCCUUGCAAUCCAUCGCCAUGUGGUCCGAAUAGUCGGUGUCAAGAAAUCAACAACCAGGCUGUAUGCACUUGCAUAACAGGAUUCAUUGGAAAUCCACCAUCAUGUCGACCAGAAUGUGUGAUCAAUUCUGAAUGUGCUCAGAAUGAAGCCUGCAUUAACCAAAAGUGUAAAGACCCUUGCCCUGGAACAUGUGGAGUAUCAGCUCGUUGUCAAGUCGUUUAUCACAAUCCGAUUUGUAGUUGUCCACAGACAUUUACUGGAGAUCCGUUUAUAAGAUGCAUACCAAUCACGGAAAGAUUUGAUGAGCCGAAAAAUCCGUGUCAGCCAUCUCCUUGUGGCCCUAAUGCGUUAUGUCAAGUCAACAAUAAUGCGCCAUCAUGCUCCUGUCUUUCGAGCUUUAUAGGGACUCCUCCUAAUUGUAGACCAGAAUGCAUUAGCAAUAAUGAUUGUUCAAAUAAUUUAGCCUGCAUUAACCAGAAAUGUAAAGACCCAUGUCCAGGAUCUUGUGGUGCUAAUGCUGAAUGUCGUGUGGUUGGUCAUACGCCAAUGUGUAUUUGCACUAUCGGAUACACAGGUGAUCCGUUCACCCAAUGCAUCACAAAACAAAAUGAACCUGUCGUCCCAGAAAAUCCAUGUAUACCAUCACCUUGCGGUACAAAUGCAGUGUGCAAGGAACAAAACGGAGCUGGUUCUUGUGUGUGUAUAUCAGAAUACAUUGGAAAUCCAUACGAGGGUUGUCGACCUGAGUGUACAAUCAAUUCAGAUUGUAGUGCUAGCCGUGCAUGUAUUAGAUCUAAGUGUCAAGACCCAUGUCCGGGAACUUGUGGUAGAAAUGCACAAUGCCAAGUGGUGGCGCAUUUACCGUCGUGCACAUGCAUCCCAGGAUAUACUGGAAAUCCAUUCAGCUAUUGUAACGCAAUACCGCCUGAAACAGAGCCACCGGUUGACCGCAAUGCAUGUAAUCCUUCACCAUGUGGACCGAACAGUCAAUGUCAGGACAAUAAUGGGCAAGUUAGGUGUUCAUGCUUACCAUUAUUUAUUGGAAGUCCUCCAAAUUGUCGACCUGAGUGUGUUGUUAGUUCUGAGUGUCAGACGAACCUUGCUUGUAUCAAUCAAAAAUGCCAAGAUCCAUGCCCUGGUACUUGCGGAAGCAAUGCAGAAUGCAGGGUCUUGAACCACAGUCCCGUAUGUAGUUGCAGAAUUGGAUCAACCGGAGAUCCAUUCAGCUAUUGCUACUCCAUUCAGGAACCACUACCAAACAAGGAAUAUCCAAAGAAUCCAUGCGUUCCAUCUCCAUGCGGACCCAAUGCUGUCUGUCAGGCUAUUGGUGAUAAUCCGUCGUGUACUUGCAUGCACAAUUAUAUCGGAGUACCUCCCAAUUGUCGACCAGAAUGUUCUAUCAAUUCUGAUUGCCUUAGCAAUAGGGCUUGCAUAAGAGAAAAAUGCAGAGACCCGUGUCCAGGAUCUUGUGGUGUUGGUGCUCGUUGUACCGUUGUUAAUCACAUUCCAGUUUGCACAUGUCUCGAAGGUUAUAGCGGUGAUCCUUUCAGCAGCUGUAGCCCGAAACCACCAGCAAUGGAUGAGCCAAUCGAUCCUUGUAAUCCAUCGCCAUGUGGUUCAAAUGCACGGUGCAGCGGAGGCGAAUGUUCAUGUUUGCCUGAAUUCUACGGCGAUCCUUAUCAAGGCUGUCGCCCAGAAUGUGUAUUAAAUUCGGAUUGUUCUCGUGACAAAGCAUGUAUUCGCAACAAAUGCAAAGAUCCGUGUCUCGGUACUUGUGGCUCCAAUGCCGAAUGUUUUGUUGUCAAUCAUUUGCCCAUGUGUAGCUGUCCUCGUAACAUGACUGGAAAUGCGUUUGUUUUAUGCUCACCUAAGCAAGAUCGAAUUCCAUCGAAUCCCUGCCAGCCUUCACCUUGUGGGCCGAACAGUCACUGUCAAAUAGUAAAUGGACAGGCUGUGUGCUCUUGUAUUCCUGGUGUUAUAGGAUCACCACCUACUUGCAAGCCAGAAUGUGUAAUCAGUUCUGAUUGUGUUCAAAACAAAGCAUGUAAUAAUCAGAAGUGUAUAAACCCAUGUCCUGGUACAUGUGGUUUGUCAGCUCAAUGUGUUCUUGUGAACCAUAAUCCUAUAUGCAGUUGUCCUUCGCAACUUACCGGAGAUCCAUUUGUACGAUGCUAUCCAGCAGUAAGAGAACCUGACGUACCGAAAGAUCCUUGUCAACCAUCUCCAUGUGGCCCCAAUGCCAAAUGUUUAAUCGUAAAUGACAGUCCAUCGUGUUCUUGCCUAAGCGAAUUCACCGGGGUUCCGCCCAAUUGUAGACCAGAGUGUAUCAGCAACACUGAUUGUUCUAGUCACUUAGCAUGUAUUAAUCAAAAAUGUAAGGACCCUUGUCCUGGUUCAUGUGGCAUAAACACUGAAUGUCGAGCAAUUAGCCACACCCCUAUGUGUAUUUGUGCUAGCGGAUUUACUGGAAAUCCAUUUGUACAAUGUACUCCGCACCAGAUUCAACAACCAAUUGAAGUUGAUGUGUGCUCACCAUCACCGUGUGGUUCAAAUGCUAUAUGCCGUGAAUUGAAUGGUGCAGGCUCUUGCGUAUGUUUGCCAGAAUAUGUUGGAAACCCAUAUGAAGGCUGCCGACCAGAAUGUGUAAUUAAUUCGGAUUGCGCAGCAGACAAAGCUUGCAUCCGGUCUAAAUGUCAGAAUCCCUGCCCAGGGACCUGUGGAGCAAAUGCUUAUUGCCAAGUAAUCAAUCACUACCCAACAUGUACUUGCCAAACAGGCUACAGUGGUGAUCCAUUCCGUUAUUGUAGUGUGAUAACAUUUGACCAACCUACACUUACGGAUCCUUGCAAACCGUCACCUUGUGGACCGAACAGUCAAUGUCGUGCUGUGAAUCAGAAAGCUGAAUGUACAUGUCUACCAAACUAUUUCGGAAGUCCACCAUUCUGUAAACCGGAAUGUAGAGUAAAUUCUGAAUGCCCGUCUAACCGUGCCUGUAUGAAUUUGAAAUGCGUUGAUCCAUGCCCAGGCAUUUGUGGUACUAAUGCGAGAUGCGAAACUAUAAACCACAGUCCAAUUUGCAGUUGCAAUGCUGGUCAUACUGGCGAUCCAUUUAUAAGAUGUUUCGAAAUUCAAUUACCUGAGCCUCCACGAGUUGAUCCUUGUCUACCGUCACCGUGUGGUCCAUUUUCUAUAUGUAGAGCUAUAGGGGACAGUCCAUCAUGCUCUUGUACACAAAACUAUAUUGGCUCGCCUCCUAAUUGCCGCCCUGAAUGUGUAAUUAAUGAAGAUUGUCCAAGCAACAGAGCUUGUAUAAGAGAAAAAUGUAAAGACCCAUGCCCAGGAUCUUGCGGAUUAGGAGCACAGUGUAACGUAGUUUAUCACACCCCAAUGUGUACAUGUCCAGAAGGGUUCACAGGAGAUCCGUUCAAUAGAUGCAAUCUAACACCACCAAUAAAACCAGUACUGACGGAUCCAUGCAACCCAUCUCCCUGCGGAUCGAAUGCCAGAUGCGAUAAUGGUUCAUGCACUUGUUUGCCCGAAUAUCACGGAGAUCCGUACUACAUGUGCCGACCAGAAUGCGUCUUAAACACCGAUUGUCCUUACAACAAAGCUUGUAUUCGUAAUAAGUGUGUCGACCCUUGCCCCGGCGUUUGUGGUCAAAAUGCCGAAUGCAACGCUAUAAAUCAUGUACCCAUGUGCAACUGUUUACCGAACUAUGAAGGAGAUCCGUUCAGUUUCUGUCGGAUCGUUCAAAAAACACCGGAAGUGAAUCCUUGCAAUCCAUCACCCUGUGGGCCAAACAGUAUUUGCCGUGAACUAUCCAAUCAAGCUUCAUGCUUGUGCCUUCCUGAAUAUAACGGAGUGCCACCCAACUGCAGACCUGAGUGUUCGGUCAGUUCUGACUGUGAGCAAAACAGAGCAUGUAUAAAUCAGAAAUGUCAAAACCCGUGCAUCAAUACUUGUGGUCAAGAUGCUCUAUGUACCGUGCGCAAUCACAAUCCCAUCUGCAGUUGUCCAGAAAAGUACACUGGCGAUCCGUUCGUUUAUUGUACACCUAUAAAGCCCUUAUAUACUCCUGAACCAACGGACCCUUGUAACCCGUCGCCCUGUGGACCAAAUUCUCAGUGCACGCGAACUACUGCCAAUACGCCCUCAUGCUCCUGUGUACCGCCCUACUUGGGGCUCCCACCAAAUUGUAGACCCGAGUGCGUUGUUAACGACGAGUGCCCUGCCCAUGAAGCCUGUAUUAAUUUGAAAUGUGGCGACCCUUGCAUAGGCUUAUGCGGAGCCAAUGCAUUAUGCGAUGUUACUUUACAUCAGCCACGAUGUUCAUGUUCCGAGGGAUAUACAGGAGACCCAUUUACAAUAUGUGCAAUUGUACCAUUUGAGCCGGAAAAACCAAUAGCUCUGUUAACACCGUGUAACCCAUCGCCAUGUGGAGUCAAUGCGUACUGUAGAGAAAGUUAUAACGCAGCUAUAUGCGAAUGCCAACCAGAGUACAGAGGCAACCCUUACGAAGCAUGUAGACCAGAGUGUUCUAUUAACAGUGAUUGUCCAAUGUCGCAGGCUUGCAUACGAAAUAAAUGCCAAGAUCCUUGCCCCGGCACGUGCGGCGUUGGUGCAAUCUGUAGAGUCUCGAAUCAUGUUCCUGUGUGUUCUUGUCCUCCAACUACUGUUGGUGAUGCAUUUAGAAUAUGUCAAGCUGUUGUUGAAGAUUCCAGAGAAAAAGAUCCAUGCAAUCCUUCACCAUGUGGACCAAAUGCCAUCUGCCAGAGGCAAGGAAUCACAGUUUCGUGCGUAUGCCCACCAAGUUUGUUGGGUGAUCCGUUUAGUGUCAGUGGCUGUAAGCCUGAAUGCGUAUUGAGCUCUGAUUGCCCUGGAGAUAAAGCUUGUAUUAGCACAAAAUGUGUUAAUCCUUGUUUACAAGGUAUUUGCGGAUUUGGAGCCGAGUGCAAGGUCAUCAAUCACAGUCCACUGUGCAGUUGUCCCCAACCAAAAGUUGGCAAUCCAUUUGUUGAAUGUUACGAAAUCAAAGAAACCGAUCCGUGUAAUCCAUCUCCAUGCAAUGCCAACGGAGAAUGCCGUGUAAGAAACGGAGCUGCCGUGUGCAUAUAUCCAGAAUGUGUUAUCAAUCAAGAUUGUCCACGAAACAGAGCUUGUUACUCUCAGAAAUGUAGAGAUCCAUGCAUAGGAAGUUGCGGUAUUAAUUCGUUCUGCCAGACCGUAAAUCAUGCAGCUAUCUGUUCAUGCCCAAGUGGUUAUAUAGGAGACCCUCAAAUACAAUGUAGACCUCUCAUGAUUACUGAAGAUGUUCCAAAACCCGAAUGUACCAACAACGAAGAUUGUGCAAAUGACAAAGCCUGCAUAGAACAGCGAUGUAUCAAUCCUUGCAGCUUGAAUUCGUGUGGCCAGAAUAGCGUUUGCCAUGUUCAAUUGCACAGAGCAAUUUGUGUGUGCAAUGAUGGUUUCACUGGCAAUCCGCAACAGAAUUGUUAUGAACUUGGAUGCCGUAACGAUGACGAGUGUUCACUUAGUCAAACGUGUUACAACAAAGAAUGUAUCGACGCAUGUCUGAUCACACAGUGCGGCUCAAAUGCCAUGUGUCGUUCGAAUGGUUAUCAUAAAGCUCAUUGCUAUUGCCCUGAUGGAUACAUCGGUGAUGCUUAUCAAAUAUGUGAGAGACCUGAAUGUACAGUGGACAGCGACUGUGCGUUAUUCUUAGCUUGCCGCAAUACGAAAUGUGUAGAUCCAUGCGAUUGCUCGUCGUCAGCUCAAUGCUCUGUCUUCAACCAUCAACCAACAUGUAGAUGUCCACCCGGAUACAUUGGUGAUCCCUACAAAUCCUGCACACUAGAACCAAUAUUCCCAGCACCAGAAUGUACCAUGGAUGCAAAUUGUGCCAGUAGGCUGGCGUGCUUCAGUGGAACGUGUAAAAAUCCAUGUGACCAAUCGCAUCCCUGUGGCACCAACGCUAAGUGCACUGUCAUCGACACAUUACCUAUGAGGACAAUGGUUUGCGAAUGUUUACCAAACUUCAUCGGCGAUGCACAUGUUGCCUGUACACCAGUUGACAAAGCUAUCGAACUUGGCUGUAAAUCUGAUUCGGAUUGUAGUCCAAAUACAGCAUGUUUGAAUCGUCAAUGUAUUGAUCCAUGCACCACGAGACCCUGUGCAGCCUCAGCUGAAUGUCACGUGGAUAAUCAUAGGCACACGUGCCAGUGUCCAACGGACUUUACAGGCAACCCACUAUCAUACUGUUACAGAGAAAACGAAGCUUUACCAGAGUGCAUAUCAGACCUAGAAUGUUCUAUAAGCCAGGCAUGUCUGAACAAGCGUUGUCAAGAUCCAUGCUUGAGUAAUUCUUGUGGUUUGAAUGCAAAAUGUGUCACCAUAAAUCAUCACCCAACAUGUAAUUGUGAGCAAGGAUUUGCUGGAGACCCGCAAGUUCAAUGCUUUAGACCGGAGUGUAGAACGGAUAAUGAUUGCCCAGUGGAUAAGGCCUGCAGAAAUGCGAAUUGUGUUAAUCCUUGCUCAAACGAAGAAAUACUGUGCGGUCGUGGAGCACAAUGCACUGUUUUCUCUCACAGAGCUCAGUGCAGCUGCCCGUCAGGAACUCAAGGAAAUCCACAAGUAGCCUGUGUUACAGGAAUUUGCCAGUAUAAUGAAGAUUGUGGGGAUCACGAAGCGUGCGACAGAUUAAACAGAGUUUGCAGACCCGUUUGUGAUUCUGAAACUUGCGCAGAAACUGCAACGUGUCUUGCAAGAGAUCAUCAACCAAAGUGCGUCUGUGCACCCGGAACAGUAGGAAACCCAUAUAUAGAAUGCACAGGAGAACCUAAAGAGCCGAACGGAAUUCGUCCACAAUGUACAGAAGACGCUGAAUGUCGUUCAGGGUUGGCAUGUAUCAAUGCAAGAUGUCAAGACCCAUGCGCUUCUAGUAAUAUGUGCAGUAAUGAUCAACAAUGCAGAGUAUUAGACACAUUACCACUGCGCACGAUGAUAUGUCAAUGCCCAACAAAUACAGUCACUGAUGAUAAUGGCAAUUGCAAGAAGAUUCCAGUGAACGACGUUCAAUGUCGUUCCGACCGAGAAUGUAGUGAUCCGGAAAAAUGCGACAGCGGAAGAUGCGUCGAAGCUUGCCGCUUGAAUCAAUGUGGAAUCAAUGCUCUAUGCAAAUCGGUAUCGCACAAUGCACUCUGCUCAUGUGCUCCAGGAUACACUGGAAAUGCGCAUUUCGAGUGUACGAAUGAAGGUAGAGAACCAAUGCCAGGAAUACAACCAGAGUGUUAUGCCAAUGACGAAUGUGCGACUGACAAACAGUGCAUUAAUUAUCUUUGCGUAAAUCCGUGCGUUGCUGGUGAGCCUUGUGGAAGAAACUCUUUGUGCCAUGUAGACAAGCAUAAUCCAGUAUGCAGAUGUCCAAAUAAUUACAUGGGCGAUCCUAAAACGGAGUGUAUACCACCUUCACUUGUCGUUGGCUGUGUAUCGAACAGCGAGUGUGCUGGUACUGAAGCAUGUGUCAAUGGCUUGUGCACCAGCCCUUGUAACUGUGGACCAAAUGCUAAGUGUACCGUCAGCAAUCAUUACCCAUCUUGUGUUUGUGCUCCUGGAUAUUCUGGAAACCCACAGCUCAGAUGUACUAAAGUGGAAUGCGAAACGAACAAUGACUGCAGUUAUACAGACACCUGCUACAACGGUCAAUGCGUGAGCCCAUGUAUAAUUGAAAACAAUUGCGCUAUUAACGCUGAGUGCUACGGUCAGAAUCAUCAAGCGUCAUGCCGAUGCGGUGUUGGAUUUUAUGGAAAUCCCGAAGUACUGUGCGAGAGACCAGAGUGCCACAGUGAUUUUGACUGUCCUCAUAAUCUCGCUUGUCAAAAUAUGCGUUGCAUAAAUCCUUGCCUCGAUCGGUCACCUUGUGCACAAAACGCCAUAUGCUAUGUACAGAAUCAUGCAGCUGCAUGUCGAUGUCCCGAAUAUGCACCUACUGGAAAUCCAUUCUCGUAUUGUGAAAAACGGACCGUGAUUGCUAACAACACUCUAGAGUGCGAGAAGGAUAUUGAUUGUCCCAGCAAGUUAGCUUGUAUCAAAAAUAGCUGUCAGAAUCCGUGCGCAAUUAUUAGACCAUGCAUGGAAAAUGCCCGUUGUGAUGUCUUGGAUACCACUCCAGUAAGAACUAUGACCUGCACUUGCCCUGAAGGAUGGAUCACAGAUUCAGAUGGAAUAUGCAGACCUGUAUUGUUGGUUUCGACUGCCAGCUGCACAUCGGACGAUGAGUGUCGACAAAGUGAGUCAUGCAUCAACAGACUAUGCCGGGAUCCAUGUAAUUGUGGCGCAAACGCAGUCUGCUACGUUAAAGACCACAAGCCUGUAUGUUCCUGUGAACAGGGUUAUCAAGGAAAUCCAAAUCUGGCUUGUCACUCAGUUGAUUGCCAAGCAGAUUCCGAUUGCACAGAUGACAAGUCUUGCGUAAACAACAACUGCGUGAAUCCGUGCUUACUUUCGAAUCCUUGUGCUAUAAACGCUGAAUGUUAUGCUACCAACCAUGUGACCAACUGUCGCUGUCGCAGCGGAUAUUAUGGUAAUCCGUUGGAGAGGUGCUUGGUGAUUGGGUGUUACACCAACAGUGAUUGCUCUGACGAUCACGCGUGUAUCAACAUGCAAUGUAUUGACCCAUGUCUUCGUGAUAGACCUUGUUCGCCACGCGCAGAGUGCAGAUCUCAAAACCAUAUACCAGUGUGCAGAUGCCCGCCACAGUAUAAUGGAAACCCAUACAUCAAUUGUCAGCCAAUAGAAGAGCCCGAAUGCCGACAAGACGGCGACUGUCCGACACAACUUGCAUGCCUUAAUCAAAAAUGUCAAGAUCCAUGUCCCGUCAUACACCCUUGUCAGGAUCCAUCCAAAUGUGAAGUACUGUCCACUUUCCCUGUUCGCACAAUGAUAUGCGUAUGCCCAAGCGGAUAUGUCAGUAGUGGCAGCGGCACGUGUCAACCAACGGCACCUAUCAUAGCGAUUGGAGAGUGUACGAGAGAUACAGACUGUGCCACGGACAAGGCCUGCAUUAACGCUGUAUGUAGAGAUCCUUGCAACUGCGGAGCAUUUGCUAUAUGCCAAGUUGUUAAUAAUAAACCAAUCUGCUCUUGCGAGGAUGGAUAUGAUGGGAAUCCAGAAAUACAGUGUGCACGAGUGCUUGGUUGUCAAUCCGAUGACGAGUGUAUUGGAACUCACACCUGUAUCCAGCAUAACUGCAUACCGGCAUGUUCACCGGCAUUGAUUGAUUGCGGAGAAGGAGCAGAGUGUCAUGGUAUAAACCAUAAGGGUAUUUGCGAGUGUCCGCCUGGCUUCGGUGGUAAUCCAAGAGUCAGUUGUGGGCUGCUGGGCUGCAGAAGUAGUACUGACUGUCCAACCAACAAGGCGUGCAUUAACAACAAGUGCGAAAAUCCCUGCAACUUUGAUGUGUGUAAUAACCAGACUGACUGUAAUGUUUACAACCAUGCCAUUGAAUGUACCUGUCCGCCGGGUUACAGAGGAAACCCCAAAUCUGGUUGCACCAAAGUCGUCGAAACAUGUCUAUCCGAUUCCGACUGCCCAUCACAGACAGCAUGCUUUAGUGGAGAGUGCGUUAAUCCUUGCAUUAGGAUCGAGCCAUGUGGUAUCAAUGCCCAAUGUACAGUACUCGAUUCUAAUCCAGUAAGGACAAUGAUUUGCGAAUGCCUACCAGGAUAUCGGGGUAACGCUGUUGUUCACUGUGAAAAAGAAAAUAUUUGUCCAAUUGAACGUGGUCAAAUUCGUAACAACAAAGGCGAAUGCGUCUGUCAGCCAGACUUUGCCAAGAAUGAAAACGAACUUUGCGUACCCUGCCGCGUCGAAGCUGGUAUGAAAAUCAACGAACAAGGUUAUUGCGAGUGCGCUCUAGAUAGAGGAAUGGUGAUAGAUCAGUACGGGCAUUGCAUAUGUGAUACUAACCACGGAUAUUAUCUAGAUAGGAAUGGAAACUGCAUUGCAAGAGGAAUAUUAAAAUGUAUGCAGGACAAUGAUUGCGACGACGAUAAAUAUUGUGAACAAAUUACACAUACGUGUCAAAACCCAUGCAACAACAAAAACUGUGGCAUCUAUGCUCGUUGUAAUGUGACGAAACAUGAAGCUGAAUGCGUCUGCAUUAAUGGCUACGUCAGAGACGCAAAUGGGGACUGCAUAUAUAACAGGACUACCAACUUCCGCACCGAUUUCCCAGCAUCAACAAUAGUCAGGUGUCUCUCUGAUGGAGUAGAAGUUCAAGUUCGAAUGAAUGAUCGAGGCUUCAAUGGAGUAAUUUAUGUCAAGGGAUACAGUAAAGACGAACAGUGUCAUCGUGUCAUCUCUACACCACGAGAUACUUUACCUCAAUUAGAAGUAUUCAAGGUUUCAUUCGGUAAUUGUGGACUGGUACACAUCAACGGCCAAGCUAGUUUUGUACUGGUUAUUCAGAAGCAUCCCAAACUUAUGACUUCAAUGGCACAAGCAUACUAUAUCAAGUGCCUGUACCAAACCGGAGAACAAAUUGUAACUCUUGGAUUCAAUGUUUCAAUGCUGACCACCGCAGGCACAAUUGCUAACACUGGACCUCCACCUAUGUGUGUAAUGAAAAUCGUUUCUCAAAAUGGCAAUGAAAUUAGCUCAGCUGAGAUCGGAGAUAAUCUUAUACUGCAAGUUGAUGUAGAACCCCAAACAAUUUAUGGUGGAUUCGCUCGCAAUUGCGUAGCUAAAACUAAGGAGGACAACAUGGAAAAUGAAUACGUGGUAACAGAUGAAAAUGGUUGCGCAACCGAUCCAACAAUAUUUGGCGAGUGGGUGCAUGGCCCAGACGGUCGAUCUUUAUGGGCUAGUUUUAACGCCUUCAAAUUCCCUAGUAGCGACAAUAUAAGAUUCCAGUGUAAUAUUCGCGUAUGCUUUGGAAAAUGUCAACCGGUGAAUUGUCGAGGCUAUAAUGCAUUUGGCAGACGACGCAGAGAUGUGGAACCUGAUCCAAACGACACUGCACUAAGUUUAGAUGACGACUACGGACAACUUCGAGAAGAAAUAAUAAUUCAAUCAAAUCUUAUAUUUACCGCUGAAAGAAAAGAAGAACGAUUUACAGCAGAUCCUGCCGAGGCUCCCUCAGCUCAGCGUGUAGAAGAUAUUUGCGUGUCUAUGGUUGGAUUCAUCAUUUCAUUAGUGAUUACUGCACUUUUGGCACUAGUCGCGGUAGCUAUUGCUGUCUCCUGUUGGUUAAUGGCGUAUCGUCGUCAGCCAAAGACUGCAGGACCGUUGCCGCAUCCCCCAGAAUUUCCAAAUCCGUUGUUCACUACAGAUUCUGUAGCUGAACCAUCUCCGGACUAUCAUUUGUCAUAAGUCUGUAGAGAUGAAUAAUUGUGUUAAUAUAGUUUAAAUAGGGGUUGAUAGAAAAAAAUUACGACAUUUCACGGAAUACGUUACUGACCAUUCGCGUCUUGGUCAGUGCUGCAUUUCUCAAUACAUCUCCUCCAAUGGCUAAUUUUUCUUUUUUUUUUCUAUGGGUUCAGUAAUCGACGAAAAUGUAAGAUCGUAAAAAAAAAAAAAAAAAAAUACAACCUAAUUCUCUCAUAUUGUUCGAAUAAUGGGAGAUUUAAUUGGUAUCUAUGGUGAUGGCCUAUUCCAUUAACUAGACUUACGUAAAACGACGUCAUGUCUACCAUUGAACUUUUCUACGCAUUUCUUUCCUUCUUUUACCUUCAGCCAUUGGAGGAUUUGAUUUAUAUAAAUAUCUAUUUUUUAAAUAAAUAUGAAUAGUUUAUUAUUAUAAUAACUUUAAUUAACUGUGAAGUCAAAUGAAUUAGUCUAAUAUAGAUUUCUUACUUGUAAUAGAAACGACUGUACAUUUUAUCUAAUAAAAUGCUAAUAAAAAUA